GGAUCUGAAUGCAGCACAAAGCAGCCCGAAUACGACAGGAGGGGAGCGAGAAAGACAGUGAGCGCAGCAGCAGCAGUAGCAGCAGCAGCACAGAUGAGCCCGAAUGAGCAGCAACCAGGUCCUCUUUCAAACGCGCACAUACACACUUGGGCGCGCACACAGUGUAGCGCGCGACGCUCCACAUCCCACACACACUCAGAUGCCAACACACUCACACAUGCAAUCCAAUAAGGAGAACUCCGUCAGUCCGAGCUGUCUUCCGCCGCCGGUGGCAGCCCUCACCGCCUCUACGAGACACAGAGCCCGGAGACCGCAUGUAGAGGAGCUCCCGCUGUCUUCAGAGCACAGAGGAGGAGAGUGGAGAUCCAGGCAGCUGAUUUAGGAAGCGGUAGAUAAUUCAACAGCAGCUCUAGGAGGGGGAAAAGAAAGAGGAGAAAAAGGUGAGUGAAUGCAGUCCGGUCCAGUCACUGUUGCUGCUGCUGCUGUUUGGGGAGGAAGAAGAAGAAGAGGAAGAGGUGGAGGAAGCUGAGUGUCUGGAGAAGCUGGAGGUGCAACAUUACCCCUGCAAAGACCCAGCAAGAGCAGACGGCAAGCUGUGAUCAGAGCAUCUCAUCCAGGCUUACAGAUGUGGAAGGAGCACAGUGCAAGUUCUAGUCCUGGGUGAGCCAACUUCACACACCUUUACAAUCACACACUCACUCAUCUGCUGUGUGACAUUAUCUGCUGCACAGAGAGAGAGAGAGAGAUCAUGCACCUGCAGUUUAUCUGAUGUGUUGCUUUUACCCUGCAUGUGUCUCCCCUUUGAUCCCGUUUGAUCUGUGUGUUUGUGUGUCAGGGUCCACUUUAACAGAUGACCUGCGGAGUGAGUCUCACCCUCUGAUCACCCUGACACUACUUUAUCCUCUUGUCCUUUUCUCUCCCUGUGAUGGUGCAGUCCUGCCUGAUCGAUUCCCUCUCUAACUCACAUGGACAUCUUUCUCAUUUUAUCACGCCGGCUGUGCUUUCCUAUUGUCAUCCUUGAGAUUGUGCAUCCAUGCAAGCCCAGACACUCUUCCUCUCACCCCUCUUUGUGAGUGUGUGUGUGUGUGUGUGUGUGUUUCAUACCACUUCUCAAUUAGGUUUUAAUGAUGUAAGAGGGAAAGGCAGCCUUUGAUCGAUCCCUGCAGUCAUCUCAGUGUGAGAGGCUCAGUGCCUGUCGUCGGUGUGACACAUCUAAGCCCCUGCCUGUAUUUGCUCAGCCCCUCUCCUCGCUCUGCUCCUGCCUUUGUGUGGCUCUGUUCGGUGCUUAGCGCAGUGAGAAAUAAGCUGGUUUUAUGUGUAAGGUCUGACUACAGUUUGACUUUAAUCUGGUUCCUGGACUGACUGAGACUUUGCUUUUUGGCUGUACAGGCAGUUUUUAUACUCAUAACAAAGACAGGUAUAACUAUCUAUGAGGCAGAGCAGCUGCCUUUCUAAGACUACUGUAACAUCUCAUGACCUACAGGGAGAGAUUUGUACUUUUGAUAAAUCUCUCCUCUACUCACUGAUCAUUGUAAUGUCAGUCAUACAAGUACAGCAAUCCCUUUUGAAGCACAGGUUCAAAUCUCCAUUUAAAACCGAACCACUGUUCACUAGAUCUGUGACCGAAUCAUAUCCAGGUUCUUUCACCACCAUUAUCUUGAAACAUCUCAGGUUUUAGAUCUGUGUUAUGACAAGAUAGUUGGGAAGAAGGGUGCAUGAGUAUUAAAAAGUAUGUUUCCUAUCUCAUUUUUGGGCACUGGGAGCAGGUUAGUUGUUGAAUCCUGACUCCAGCUAGUUCUUCAACAUGUUCUUGGGUUCAUAAAUCUAGUUUAUACUUGGCAUUUAUAUAUCUCUAGAGUACUUGGAUCAUAAGUGGACAGCUUGAACUACAGGUCUCACUGCCCCCCUGAGAGUGGCUCAAGGUCUGAUGACUUAUCCCACAUACGAAGAUUCUCUAGGAGGCAUUUGUCCACAUUGGUCUGGUUGUGUUACGCUUAUGUGUCCUGGACCUCCCACUCUAUCCAUAUCCACGGCAAUGAUCACGUGGAGUGACACACCACCUGCUCAAUAUAGAUGGCUGAUUUAAUAUUACUCUGCAGCGCUGGCAGUAAAUCUUCAGUUUUUGAUUUCUCAUGUCGUUUAAACAUAUGAACAGAAACCUAUUAGCCUGUGCCAAAAUACUAAAUAAUUAAUGAGCAUAUUUCUUCAUUAAGACUUCAUUUAACCUAUUAAUAAGAAAUGAUCCUGCACUGAGGAAAGAUAGGGGUCCAUAAAGAACAUGAUCUGCCCUGUUUCCACGCAUAGCCGGCUAUAAUGCAGGAUCCAUGUCCCGCCAUGUUGUCAAUGACAUGUUUGAAAGAAGUGACUCAUGAGUAUUUAAUUAGAGUUGCAACAAUGCAACACAAUGAUGAUACUAGUGUUUCAUAAUGGCCAUAUGUGUGAUAACUGAACAGAUCUUAUUUUUGCUGUAACAGAGACUUCAAUCUGCAGUGGAGUUCUUGUUUUGCUCAGGAAAACCAGAGAGCUGUAGAUGAAAAUAAGUCUUCAUGAUCAAAGUCUUGUACUACGUCACUACUCCGGUCUGUAUUAAUUCCCUCUCUGCUGCUGUAUAUGAGCAUGAGCUCCCCCUUUGCUGUUAGUAUGCAACACUGUUUGUAUCUCUGAGUAAUAUUCUUUUAAAGACUAAUGAAGGUGAGUGAGGCUCUGGGUUUAUUUGCAUGUGAAGCAAUAAAGUGUGAUUCAAUCCCAAGUGGUCACAGGGGACGUAUUUGAAGAUGCGUGUUGAUGUAAAGUAAAAUGCUCGUACUUAAGUCUUGUCCACACAGGAUUUCAUUACGCUAGACUGAUUGUAAUUCCGGGUAUAAACAAGGUCACAGUGUUUGUGAUGAUGGUGGAGAGAAAACUUUCUCUAACGUUUUCUUUUUUCUCCUGUUUGUUUUUAUUAAAAGAGCGGCUUUGUGCAGACAUUAAUGCUCAGCACAUCAUCACGGUGUCAUGGGUUGCUGCUGGCUUGAUGAGAGCUGCACUUAAUGGUACCCGAGGUGCCACUUAGCCUCUCUAUUUGUUAGAUUUAUGUGCCAGUAAUGAAAAGUGUGCUGACAGGUCUGUGUGGUCCUCAGAGUGCUCUGUUGAAUCAGUUAGUCUUGUCCAUUACAACACCUACAUGUCCCUUCGUAUUUUGAUCUUUUCUGUCGGACAUAAAACUAUCAGCCGUGUUCAAUAGUGACACUACCUCUGUUCAGCUCUGCCAAUGACCAGCCUCAUUGUUUUUCAACAGUGGAGUAUUUACGAGGGCAGUAAAAGCAGAGAUGGAUCUGUCGUCUGCAAGAUGAGGGCACUGCUCUUCUUACGGCGAGGGCAGUGUGUUGCAAAGAGCGAGGUUUUAAGUGGUGGAGAGUGGAAGUCAGAUACCUGCAGGCGCGUUGACAUGUCAGCUGUCUGUGUUAAGAUGUCCAGCUGGAAUGAUCACAGGGCAACAUGUGCUGGCUGUCCUCCCGCUCUCUGACUGCUGUAAUGCCAUUAUACACAUUCAGAUUAGGCUGUAAAGUAGAGCUUAGAAAGCAACCAAACCUUUACAAGUCUUCUAUUUGCAAAACAGUGCUUCCUCCUUUACAUGUAUGAGUUUAAAAGGGGCAUGACCUGGUGACACAUGCUCUUGAAAUUUAAUCUGCGUGACCUCAAACAUGGGUGGGAGUAUUUCAGUCAGCACAAACAGUUGUUGUGGCUCAACCUUUUUGUUCCAUUUCUCUGAAAAACAUUUGCUCAUACAGUGACCAGUGGUUGAUUAGUAAUGCCUGCCAAGGACAGCAGUGUUAUGUCAGUCAAGGGCAAAGGAGGAAUUAUCUGUUUAGAUCUCUAGUGGAGAUAUUAUUCAGUAAAAGAUGAACUAUUUAUAUGUUGUAGUCAACAUAGGUCGGAUCAAUCUGCCAGGUCCCCAAUUGAGUGUUAACCCACUCUGGCUCAGCCGCUGGGGCAUAAUCUGGUCAUCAUUUUACACUGAUAGCGGUUGAAAGUGAUCAACAUGACCCCCUUUAUUUUCAUACUAUAGGAAUUUUAUAUCACCUUGACCCUGGUGUGUGCAACCUAUCUGCCCAAAGUGUUGUUUGUCACACUGUUCAUUCUGUUCAGUGCCGCUCUCUCAGCUCUUAUCUCAGCCUAAAGGACAUGUGACUCAUGUUUUAAUGUAUUCUGUGUUAUUUGUGUUGUGACAACAUCAGAUUUCACCAGGGUAAUGUAGUGUUGACCUACUCAUUAUCAGUUAUGAAAUCCCUGCACACCACGUCGUCUUUGACAGCAGUGGAGUAGGAUGUAACAAUAUGCUAGGCGCUGUGACAUAAUCUAACUAGUAUGGCUGCUCAAUCAUGGCGAGUAUCAUAAUCAUGGUUAUUUUGAUUGAUAUUGUGAUCAUGAUUAUUAAAGUGUCAAAAUGUAAGCCCUGCUCCUGUGUGUGACCCAAACCUAUGUAAUCAAUGACACUUAUGUUAGACCCCAAGACGAACAGAAAGGGGAAGCGGUCCACAGAGGUGACGGUGCGACACAGCUCGGGCUCGUUGGUGCCCUGCAUUGCGCUGGUUUUGAUUGAUAUUGAGAUCAUGAUUAUUAAAGUCAAUCACUUAUUAUAUGGUAUCUACAUCACCUGCAGUUAUGAAACUUAAAAACCUUUUAAAACUUAAAAAAAAAAUUCAGAUUUAGUCUUAUUGAGAGGCACCCUGCAUCAGUUUUCUCUUAAAGAAUUCUGACAUACUUAUUCCCAUGUGCCUAAAGGGACAAAGUUACACAUGGUUUGUAAAAAUGUUAAUUCCAGAUUUAAUAACAGGUUUGUGCUACAGCCAUUUAUCCUAUAUUAAUUAUUUGAAUUUUAUUUUUUGGUAACAGUUCAAGCUAUUUACACCAUUUAUCCGUCACAUUAUUAGACUAUUAAUCCAUUGCUUUAAGCACCUGCUGCAUUACGUGGCAGUGGACAUAUCAGUGCAAGCAUCCCUGAUUAGCAGCAAUCUGAUAAUGAGCCUCAAUCUGUAAAAGGCAUUUAGUAUUAGAGAUUAGAUUCAGAUUUGAACUGUAUUUUUUUCAUCACCAUACAUUUAACCUGUGCCAGAAAUAGACCGAGGCUCCCUAUACACAAGCAUGGCAGUGACAAGUGUGAUGUUUUUGACUAUAUGUGCCUGUUUGUUGUAUGAAGUGCUUUUCUAGGAAGCGCAUCGGAGCCAUUAAUAUCUGCAGAGCUUUUGUUCUGUUCUUAAAACCAACAAGAUCAAAGAGAAGCAUCAGAAAACCAGAAGUGCUCUGAUGUUGAGGAGUGAACGUAUCAGACGAGUAUGUUUUCACUUUAUGAAUAUGAUGCAGUUUACCCAAGCGCCCUCUCAGAAAUUUUAAUCAUCUAUAAUUUAAAACUUUAUUAGGUUACAGAGAUUGCUAGUUGCACAGGCUAAGUGUUUUGCAGCACAUGCACAUUCACAGCGCCACAAUGGCUGUCUGACUGCCCUAAUCUGUUCCUUGCAUUUGUUGGAUGCUUUUACUCAAGUUUGUGUCUCCAUAUUUUUCGCAUAAGUCAUCACUAAAUCGAAUUCGGCCUGUUUAAGCAGAAGUUUUAUCUGACUUUUCUAGAUCAGCCCAGGAGGACUGGAGCCUUGCUAAGCGGAGAUACAGAGAGGAAGCUGAGGGGUGAGGAAAACAGUUUUUGCUCUUUGGAUGCUGCAUAUUUUAUGUCUGCUGAGGUCUCCUGAUGAAAGAAUGUGAGAUGAGAUGGCCGUAGGAUUAUAUAAGUGCAGAGCCAAGGAAACACAUGAGUGUUAGUAGGCAGUGCUUACACACUUACAGUAGCAAGGACUUUAGAAACUACUCCACAUCCUUUCAUCCUACGCCGGGUUAUUUUCAUAUGGGCUUUUUCAGACGUAACCAAGAAAGUCCUCUUUGUCUUUAAAGAAGCAAUGCAGGAUCAAUCUCUUUACUCAGUGGCUGGAGUGGAGGGGAUAUUUUUAGUCAUGUGUCUUUGAGUGAAGACACUUGAGAUUUGCUAUGGGAUGAAGAGCAGGAGUUUAUAUACUUGUCGCUCGCUCCACCUCAUUUCAUUUUAUGUAUUUCUAUUGCUGCUGGCAGCUUGAAGCGCUGAGACUAGCCAGCCAUAAAACAAUAUUCUCCACCAUGGAUCGACCGUCAUGACUCAGAUUGCUGCAGAAAUUAGAGUUCAGGGCUCCUGCUGCUCAGGAUAGAAUCCUCCGGUAUCGCUCUACCUGACUGCAGAGAAGUCUAAAUAUUACAUUCAGUAGUGGCACUGACAGAGAGUAGAUCAUGCAUGAUGGUGACUGAUUGAUUUUGACCUUUGAACCGGGGGCUUAUGCUCCCCCUUAGUUAUCUUUUUCGACCAACACCAUCAUGACAAUACGGUAAAAUACAUUACCUCUUCUUCUGAGGGGAUUGAAAAUCAUCAAGGACAGGCUUUUUGUUGGCACUUGCUGCACAUUGCUUGGUUGUUUACAUUUCGAGUUAUUGGAUUUUGAGAGCUGUUUUAAAGGGAGAAAUUGGGGUGCUGGUUUGGCCCGGAGACUAAGAUGAAGCUGCAGUCCUGAUUCCAGCCUGUGGCCCUUUUUCCUACGUGCAACUUCUGACUCUCUCUCUGGCUUCCCGCUCUGUCUGCUAUCCUAUCCUCAAAAAAUAAAGGCAUAAAAGCCUGAGAUAUAAAAUUUUAAGAGGAAAAAAAGCUGUUAGCUGAAGUUAAAAUAAACCAUUUGUACUUUGCAUAAAGCAAAGGCACUCAGAAGGCUGCCUUCCUAAUUUAACCAUAAGUAAGCCACUGAGGGGUAAAUUAGGGAAGGAGUUCAUUAACUAUGUUCUUAAAGAAGCAACCACCAAUUUUCAGAGGGAAUCACUGUUUAAAUUCUAUAUUAGAGCCACUGACAGUAUUCAAAUGCUCAUCAGUUCAAUCAAUCUAUCAAUCUUUAUUGAUACAGAGCCAAAUCACAACAAAUGUUCUCUCUGUUGUUGCAUAGCCCAUCAAGGUUUCAGCUGUUUAAUAUAAAAAUAUAACAUAAAGCUGAUAAAUUUUAAGCUAUAGUAACAGUGACACCCAGUUUAAAUUAAUUUAGAUCACAUUUUUCUUGUGGGCGCCACUUUAAGUUUGAGGUAAGGGGAAGCUUGGCCUUGCUGUCCUAGCUAGCAUAAUUGAGCAUUCCAUAACCACAGGUAUCUGCUUGAAAUGACCUGAGAGAUCUUCUUCACUGCUUUAUGGGAAAGCUCAAUGCAUGUUUUGGUCAGCAGAAGUUUCAUGGCGUCAGUCCUGUGGCUCCACCAGCCAGAUUGCUCGUGUGCAUGCCUUAGUUCCACCAUCCCAAUAUGCCCGGCCCAUGCAGGCAGUAUUUUCCAUUUAAAUAUCAGGAAUGGAAGAAAGGGAGAUGCCAUGCAGUCCUCGAAAACCACGUAUAAACAUUUUCUUAAAAGUCAUCUUCAUGACUCAUCUUCAAUUUGGACUGUGAAAACCUACCGGGUAAACUCAUUCCUGUCCUGUCCUCGCUGCGCACUCUGCAUUGUCCUGAAGUGUCCUUUUUCAUCUGUACAGAAAGUAUUCAUAUAGCAGCACUGCUAGCAGUGAACAUCUAAUGAGCUGUGAGCCAGAGGAGGCAGAUAAACAGAGUAAAGGGCAUUUGUACUGCAGUGUAUCCUUAUCAGAUUAUGGGAUCCCUGCAACCUCAAGCGUUGUCUUCACAAACACCCAUCUUAAAAGAACAACACUUGAUCUAUAACUAAGUUGUGUUCAGUCAAAGGGUUGCAGCUGCAUCAGCAAAUUCAUAACCUAUGAGUCAUUUAAGAUGUAUGUUCCAGCCUUUGUUCAGCACCUCAAAAAGCAUGAAGGGCACCUUUUUAUUGUCAUUGUCAUCAUAUAAAAUACUGUUUGUCUCUUACUAUCUUUUAAAUAUUUUGGUGCUUUUGGUUUAAAGAGAUGGUCUCAAGUUAUUGAGACAGCUUUGUGAAAACACUUUGUCCAGAUAGAAUUUCAUCUAAAGCUCUUGCAGCUCUUAUUUUUAUGAUUGCAUAAUCACACUUUGAAAACUAUUACCCAAAUUCAUCUACAUUUUAUAAUGGAUUUCUUCUUUUAAUCCCUAUUUUAAAUCAGCUGAUAGAAUUCAGACGUUUCAUUACUUCAUCCUUGAAGUGUAUCAGUUUGUUAUGAAGCACAUUUGAAGCAGCUGAGGCGUGCAGACAUGGCUGACUGUAUCUGUGCAGAGCCAGCUGUGUCCUGCGGGUUGAGUCUAGUUACACACAUCUUUCAAAGCAUCUCUCCACGGGCCCUGCACAUGAGAUAGCUCUUUAAUCAGCUCUCUCCAAUUAUGUAAUUAUGAAUGAAAUUGGAUUAACAUAUGACAUGCAGUGUGUUUUCUCCUGUAUGAUUGAUUUUGAGGUCUGGGCGCCAAUACAGACAUUUACCAAUUUUAAUUUUUCAUUUUCUUGUCAGCCCUGAAGCUUCACAGGCUUUUGUGGGAUUUAGAGAAACAGCAUCUCAUAAUUGGAUUGAAAUAAGUAAUCAAAUUUAACUGCCUGUAGCGAUACCUUUAUGUUUACUUACAAAAUAUGCACACUACAGCCCCUCUUAAUUAAUUUUGCAUGUUUAUCAGUCAAAGUGUUUUCUUUUUACCGUGACCCUACCAGUUUAGGUUACUCUGAUAUGAGUAUGUUUGUUCACGUAAAUUUUACUCUGUGUAAAGACAUCACAGAGUUAAUUAAUCAUUGGGGUGUAUUUGAGCGUUCAGUUAGACAUGUUUGAAGAGAUGAUGAUGCAUUAGCUCAAAAUUAAUGUGAGUAAAUGUGCGAAAAUAAACACUCCUACUGUACCAGAGAUCUACAUCUGUGUUUUUGUUUAUAGAGCUCUCUCUGGUAUUGUCUGCCUCCCGCUCUCAUCCUCAUUAAGAAAUUGUUCCUUGAACUUUGUGAACCUAUUUUAAAUGUCCCAGAGAGCCGUCAGUAUAAAUGAAGAUUACAGAUUCACGCCUCUUUGCAUCUUCAUAUCAGUCAUUAACCCCUAAUGCUUCUCUCCCUCUCAACCCAGCGGAUCACACCAUGGAAGCUAAAGCCAUCUUUCAUCUCCUUCUCAGCUGCUGAUCAGAUAAUCACUUGAUCAAAUCAAUCUUCCUGAAGUGGAGAUCAGUAGAGCCGAGAGAUGAGAGUGAACUGCUGCGUGAAGCUGUUCUCUCUCUCUCUGUCUCUGCUUGAUUAAACAUCCCAUUUCUGCUUUUUUUAAAAAUGUAUUCUUUGUUUGAUUCCUUUGAAAGCUUUCAUGUGUGCUUUGUCGCUUGUAAGCUUUCAGAGGACUAAAACAAGAGAGUAAAAGCUGGGAUUUAAAUAUUUCAGUUAUGCCAUUGCUUCAGUGACCCCAUUAAUUUGAUAUAUUUUUUUAAAUAAGAGGGUAAGAGGGUUGAACACAUAGACUGUAUAAACUGUGGACAACUUGGAUCUGUCUUGCUCCAGUUGAUGGAUUUGAAGCUGAAAAGCUCUCGGUAAUUGUGUGUUUUUCCUUCACUUCCUGAAACCGAAAUUGCGCAGUAGUGUUGUACACAUUGGGCAGGAGAGUCACUGUGAUGACACUAGACUCAAACAGCGUUUCCCCCAGGUGAGCUACGCAAUCCUUGUAUGUCCAUAGGCUGUAUCAAGUGUCAAUCAUAGAAAAUAUGAACCCCUAAUAACUUUUAAAAAUGGAGCUGUACAGAAAAAAGAGGACUUGAACACAACCCAGUCUUACAAUAACUACAUGUCAACAUCACAAGCAGGGGGGGGAAAAAUGUAUAUUCUGUGUAAUUAAUUUCUAAAGUUUGUCCACAACUCCAUAGAGAUUGUUGGAGGAGUCGGGAUUUAUAACCUAUACUGCAGCCCGUCACCAGAGGGUGCUGUUUUCGCAGUGGCUUCACCCAAAGAGGAGGUAGAUGCUGUCCAUUCUAUGUACAGUCUAUCAUUGGAUAAGAUCAACAUCAACCUCAAAAUUCAAGCAACAAUUAUCUAGUUAGCUUAGUGCAGAAAUUAGAAACAAGAGAAAACAGCUACCGAGCCUCUGUCCAAAAGCGACCAAACUUACCUACUACCACCUUUAAAUGAUAAAACUAAACAGUUUUACAGAGGGCUAUUUGAUUGUCUCUGAACAAAGUCUUUGUCCUCAGCGACACCAGGAUAUUGACUGCAGUCCAGCUGCUUCACAAGUACAGACUCAAGGGUCUAGAGUUCAGUUUGGGAGGUUUUUAGCUUCUGUUUGUGGCUCAUUUGCAGUCUAACUAGUAAGAACUAAUCACUUAUCUUUAUUUAAGAUAAACAGCCAAUCAAAAAUUUUUGAAGGAACAUUUAAAUGGAGCAUAUAUAUUUUUAAGUAGUUUUCCACUCUGCAAGAGGACAAAUUAGACAAAGCUUGCAUCAAAGAUCACAUCAUAAUAAAAUUAAAAUGUCUAUUAGAAGUGAAUUUAUCCAUCCUAACCAAACAGUUGUAUGGCAGGGACAAUACCUGUCGGCAUUACUACAUCAAAAUGCAACUGAUGAAAUGCACAAAGGACCUGUAGUCGCGGCUAAUUUGCAGUCCUGGUCCCCGGUUAGGCUUUUGGAAAGAAAGCAGAUGAUCCAGCACUUUUUAAAUAGACAUAAAAACUAACAAUGAAAGCACACACAGACACAAGAGUGAAGCCUCUGUAGGAGUGAGUGUUACAGUGAAGCUUUGGCUCACCAGAUAAACAGACUCUACUCCUUAGUUUGCAAUGCGCCAAGGAACAACAGUGUCUGCUUUAGGGACAUAUUUAGAGGGCAGAGUUUUUCACUGAACCAUAAACAAUGCAGGCUUCAUGGAAGGAAGUCUUUACUGGAAGCUGUUAAAUGCUAAAUGCCAGCUACACUGAUGUGCAUAGGAAGUGAACAUUAUUCCCAGAGGUGCAUGGGUUCGGAGAUCGCAUCUCUCUCGAAAAGGGCCGCAAGGCAUGGAGGAGGUAGUUUGUAUCAUCAUUAGGAUUUUUAUCCCCUGAGGGCUUCGGUUACAUUCCUCCUCACUUCAUACAUCUCAAUAAUGUUGAGGUCGCACUAAGGUCAGAAAUGUCCUCUUGUACGUCCUGUGUUCAUUAGUGUUUUAGAGCUAGUAGCUGGAAGGUGUUUUGACCAUCUGCCUGCUGCCAAAGAAUGUAACACAUUACUUCUUUAUUGAGCUGUUAAUUGGUGCUGGGCGGCUAUUUUCAGGUGACCUUUUAGUUUGAUGAGAAACAGGGGGUUUUUCAUUCUGGAUAUCUUGCUUCAUAGGAUAUUGAACUUGGCUGCUUGAGAGUGAUUUGGAAUAAAGCUGUUAAUAAUUUGAAACUGAGAGCUCGCCUCAUUUUAAUACAAGAAAAAAAAAAAUUCUGAAUACUUGAGUGAUGAAAUGUCACCAUGUUGAGGGAUGUGAUGACACAUUUUUGGCUUGAUAUUUCAGGAUUCUGACAUUUUUUCGCGCGUGUACCUUGUGAGAUGUGUCAGUUGUGAUGUACAGCCGCAGAGAGAGGGGGACGUUUUUUAGUCAAAUGCUUUCCGCAGACUGUCGUUUGAAAAAGGAUGUCACAGCCUGAAAGAAAAAUCUCCCCCCUGUUUUGUUUCUGCAUCAUUUGAACUAAUAAAUCUGCAGCUGUAUGUGUCCGUGCGUAACUGUGACAGAUGGGUGUGAUGAGAUUGUGCUUAACAGACUGUGGUUCCUCUUCCUCCAUCGCCUUCUACCCCCUCCUCUUUCCUCUUCUCUCCUUCUCUAUCUCUGCGAACAGAAGGAUCGGGCCUGCCUGUCAGAGGUGUUUGAUCAGAAGUUGUCUGCUGAGAAUCUCAGCUUUGAACCAACUCACUGCUGUGGCGAGUUUCUUUUCCUUUGUUUGGGGCAUCAUAGAGGCUACACUCUUGAAGAAAAGCCGAACACUGUGUACUUGUUCUGUUGUUAUACAUGGAGGCAGGAGGGCUUGCUGCUUCUCGAAAGUAGAAGGUGAUAUUAAUUCUGUGAAUUUUUGUCGAUGCUGCUGUGAGCAUAAAUCCAUCUUUGCCAAUUUCAAAAAAAGAUUUACUCUUUGAUUUUAAAUCAUAAAGACUCAAACUGGGCACUUUAUUUGUCAUCAUAUUGUUCUUCUAUUGUUCAGAAGUCAACUUUUCAGAACAAGAGGGUGGAAACCAUCAACUGUGUAGUGUGACAGACGCUGUGCCUCCAAUUUUUCCCACUGUGAGAAAAGCAAAAAUACUGCCUUGAUGGGUACUGACAUAUUGCGCCGCAAGAGCUGAGGCAUGCGCCAAAGGGAUAUGACAGGAUUGACGUCAAACCCUUCCACUAACCGAAACACUGAUUUGGUUUACUCAUACCAGUGCAGCUUAACAAAUAAGGAUGUCUCAAAAGGUUUUUUUCUUCAAACAGUGAAACGUCUGUAUAUUCUAGAUACACACACACAAGGGGAAUCAAUUAAAGGCUUUUAAAAAAAAAUCUUGAUAAUAAUGGCUCACAGCUCACAAAAACAAACAAAUCCACUAUUUCAAAAUAUUCCAAAGCAGCAAUCCAGGUCAGCAGUGGCCAUAAUAAUCACUUCACAUCAUCUAAAUUUACAAGUUAUAAAAAGAAUCCACCAGUGUGUGUGGGAAGAGAAUUAUAAGCUUUUUCAGACCACUUUUUUUUCUUGCUCCAGGCUGUAAACAUGUUUAUUUUUGCUGUAGAGAUAGGAUUUUUGAACGGGUGUGUCGGUGGCUUGUAGUGCUGUUAGAAACUUGAGUUUUGAGCAUGUGUGGAUCAUUUUCAUCAUCUGAGGCAGUAGGUUGCUGCUUGGUUAAUUUUCAUUAAUAGGUACAAACAAGUCAAAGAGAGGGUACCUGUACCUUUUCCUUUUAAUUUAUUUAAAAAAAAAAAUAAUGGGACUAUAAUUUGAAAAAAAAAAAAAAAGAUUUCUGUUGAAACUGAAAAAUUGAAAGCAUAAAAUUGUUGGAAAUGUUUCCUUAUUUAUUCUGGUAAAAACAUUAGGGGAAAUGGGGUCAAUGUCUCACAGAUGACUGCAGUUACAAACAAUUGUUGUGCCCCACUGGGUUUAGGUAAAUAAGCCAGAAUAGUGAUUUAAGUUUCUUUUGCAUCGACCUCAUUCUGUAGAUCCAGAGGCUAAGUCUACGUGUUUUACACAGCUCAUGUUCGUAAUCUGUGCUGAUGCCACACUUUGAGGUGAAGAAGUCACGCUGCUUCUGGACAUUGGAGGAAUAUCAUGAAUUCAUCAAAGGAGGCAGCAGGGCCGCAGAGGGAGAGCACUAGAUAGGUCUCACACUCAUCUUCACGAGCCUGUCACUGGUUAGAGAUGAAUUAUUCAUGGUUUUUGAUUUUUUUCUUAGAAAAACGUUGAUCACAGAAUGAAGGAUCGGCCUGCCUUCACGACAGCCCCCUGUCAGAAUCAACUCAUCUCCCUCAAAGACAUCUCUGCACGCUCUUCUUUCUCUCCAUCCCCACCGCGAUCACCCGUAGCUGUCUUACGGAGAAUUUCCUUUUUUCACUCCUACUCCUGCUUGCUUUUGUCUCAUUCUGAAAUGUCUCAUCAGAACCACUUUACAUAGAUCUCUCCGUGUGGGGAAGAUGGCGAGUAAAUAGAUUCAAGAGAGCCCGUGAAUAAUUCCUGUCAGGAUGUAGCUGUGGUUGUUUCUGUUUGCAUGAAUGAGUUUCUAUUUUUCAUGUUUUUUUUUUUUUCUUCUUCUUUUUUUAGUGUGGUGCAGAUUGUGUGUUUCUAACUCCAUCCUGCAUUCUGUUUUAUCCCAGUACAUCCAGUGCUGAGUUCCUGUGUCGGGACGGAUGUAUGUUUAAUGAGCAGGCAGAACCCAAUUACUCCGUGCCUCUAGCUGUAGACCUAGAGACUUUAGAAAGCCCCACUGGCAUGCCAGAUAACAGGCAGCGAUGUCGUAAUUGCCUCCAGACACGGCUGGUGAGAUGGCAUGGCACAGUGAUCCCCGUUAAGGACACUGAUUGCUCAUCUCUUACUCUGGAAUUUGUUGUUCUCCUUAGGGUACAUCCCCCUGAAGAGUUAAGGCUCCUGUCUUUUAUUUCAGAGCGAAAUCUAAAAUGACUCUCUAAGGAACAGAGGGAGCAUGAUGCCACUUUAUUCCUCUCUUCUUUCUCUUCCUCCUCGAGGUCUUCAGGGAGAGCAGCUGACUCACCAUCUCCUCCUCUUCAUCCUCAGUGUGCCCCGGCUCCUCCUUCCUUCUCCUCCUUCCUUCUGUUUCGCCUUCGUCGCAGGAGUUGACAACCUGGUGUCACCUGCCGGGGUUCACUUCUGAAUCCCUACAGAGCCUCAGCUGACAGUGCAUAUGUGGAUUUUUGCAGAAUUUAUCAGUGCAUACUUGUGAUUGUUCCUGUCAGCGUGCACGCCGUCCUAUUAGUCAGCGUUGUCGCGUCGGACAGCAGCAGCCAAGCCGUUGAUGAAUCCUCUGUUGAGUUGAGAUUUACACCAGAAAGAUAAGAGAGCUCGGCUGUCAACCCGCCAUCUAAGGACACACACUCUCAUAUACACAACUACACGAGUACAGUCGAUGUUCCCUCUGAAGUGGCUCACUUUUGUCAAAAACAUUUCCAAGCCCUUCUUCCUUCCAUGGUGUUGUCAAAACGUAUAAUCCCUCAUCACCCUGCCUAAGCCCGCUCACAUCUCUGCGUUCUGUUUUCAGCUGUCAUCCUGUUGAGAGAAACCUUUCUCUCUUUUUACAUCAUCCUCUAUCCCUAACCUUGUUCUUGCACGGUCACCUGUUUUUGUUUUUAAGACAUACUUAAAAGGUCAGAGGGCGUUUCUUUUCUCUAUUUUCUUUUUCAUCUUUAAUUUUUUCUCAAGCACUCAGCAGCUUUCUCUCUUUACAGGCGCCUUUUCUUUCUCUCUCUUCUUCAAACACUUGACUUCUUGCUUCCGUUCAACCAGGAGCUCAUUGUUGCAUUAGCUAAUCUCUCAGAAGACGUGGCACAGAUACAGGAUCUACUGUUCUUCUACUUCAGCCCACGGCCACAGACGACGAACAUCCUUUCUCUUUUUACCUGCAACGCCGGAGGAAACAGGAGAGACGUAUACAUUUUUGGAUUCACAAUUGAAUAAUUAUCUUUAUGGAUUCUGUUCAGCCAGUUCUGUAAAUGCAAAACCUUGAUGUGAUAUUGAUGUUCGAGGAUAAAUCAACAAUUAGCAGGCGUGAUGUGCCGUGAGACUCCUUCUGUGUCUCUGUGCAGUGUGAGCGGAUUCAUUGCCAGUGUUGUUGCUUGAGAUUUUAUAAUUGCCUCAGAAAUCUUCCUGUAAUUAACACUCUCGGUUAAUUACGCCAGAAUCCCAGACCUCGCUAUUCUCACAUUAUUAGGCUUGGGGCAGCAGGAAGAAAAACAUGCACACACACACACAAACUGUCAAAGCAUACAUUGCAAAAUUAGAUUUUCUACUGCUCUUUUUAUUGAAGGCUUUGAGCGCUGCACAAAAAAGUGGUUUCACCUCAAUACCUUUGUUUUGUUUUGUUUGGUUUGGAAAGAACGGGGUCACAUUUUAGCCAUGGCCGGAUUCAACAGUCAGUCGUCCCACUUUCAGAAUCUUGACCGUUUUGAGAUUAAGGCUGAGUUGAGAGGAGACGGGAGGUGGACAGGGCAGCGUGGCAGCUCCCAAUGGCACGGGAUUAGAGGUUGGGAUGGUGAAGUAGGCCGUACAAACAGGCUGAGCUGAAACAUGGACAGCGGACCAUAACGCAGACAGAAAUGGAUGGCCUAGUACAUUUCAUCAGCAUGUCAUUAUGCUGUAAUCCCAGGCCGGCCACGCUGCUGGCUGCAUGUGUGUGUCAGACCGGGUGAGUUAUUGCUCAGGGACACUUGUGGAUAUUACUGUUUCACCUUCAUGCUGUAUUAUAAGACUUUGACUCAGACAUGCCCUAUAUUUUAUCAGAUAUUGAAUUUUGUGGGGCAGGAUUGCUUUGCGGCGUAUUUGUGUUUCAAAAAUGAAGAACCCAUUUUGAUUUUACAUGUUGCCAUUUAAGGUGACAACGACUGAGAGCAAUCUUGAAUCUAAAUGUAAUUUUUCUUUUUCCUAAAAAUGCAUCACAUAAUCUGCUACCCCAAACCCCUCAGAUUUGAUUAGGCUAAUCAUGUUAAAAUCAACUAUUGGGCUGUCUUAUAAGUAGUCUUCUUUGCAGUUCAGAGUGGCGUAUUUUCUUUUGUUAGUGCCUUAUGUUGUGUCUUUGGGCACAAAUUUUUCUUUUUGAGUCCUUAAAAUCCCACUCGGAUCGUUUUUAUCUCCUCUAAGUGUUCUCAGUGGUCUUUAAAUUGUGAUUAUGAAGUUUUUAGCCGAAAUCACGUUAUUUGUGUCAUUUUCAAGGGCUUUCCUUUUGCAGAGCUCCAGUAGAUCAUUAGCAAUUUGCCUCUGAGUCAUCAGCGGAGACAGCGCUGCUCUGCACACUCCUCAUUAUGUUAGCCUGCAGCCUAAUAUUGCCAGUGUAGUAGAAGUGGCAAGUAACAUAGUAGCUAUUCAGCUCUCGGAAACUUAUGUCUUUAGGGACAUGAUGAAAGCUAAUAUCCCAAUCAGCUUUCUUACGAGCAUUGCAAUCCGCUUACGUACACGCUGUUUCCACAAUUGUCCUCUCUAUUUCUCUAAGUGUGGCCUGCAUAGCGUGGCUCUGGGGGCGGAGCUUGGAGUUGUGAUGUAAGAAAUCUCUGAAUCUGAAACUGAGCCUGCUGUUUGGGUCUGCUAGAGAUUCACAUCAUUUUGAAUGCAGAAAUACUCAAAUGUAAUUUCACACUUAUUUUUCUCGUGAUAUGUCCUGUUGCAUCAGAAAAAUGCCAUAUGAACAGGUAGACAACAGGAAAAACACAAUUUUCAUUGGAGUGGGUCUUUAAAGAACUAAACUAAGGACAUAUAUGUCUUACCCGCUUCGUUGUGUUUCUUGAAGUGUGAAAAUUGUACAAUAACACAGCCUCUGUUGGGUCAACCAAGUUUGAAAAGUCUUCCCACACCCUUGCCUGUUUGUGAUCCUUGAUCAGAGCGAAGCUAACCAACUGAUAGCAUUAGCUUUCCAUUUAUCUCCCCUGAUGUCUCUGUCAGUUUAUCACAGCAAGAGAGCAAAAAGCAUAUUAAACAAACUGGCAAACCAUUUCUUUAUUUCUAAACCUGAGCUUAAAUUUGAGCAGGUGCGCUCUCUCACGGUCAAUUUCAUCCUUUCUUUUUCUUGAUCUUUAUUUCUUCCCCUCCCUCCUCCCUCCUGUUUCGACUUCACAGUUUCCUCCUCACCUUUAGGUCACUCUGGUGUCAAAACCAUGAGUGGCCAAUAUGUUUGAGAGCGAGCCAACAACCAGAGCGACCAAAGUCACCUCUGCAGUGUACAGUAUGUGUUGUUACCAGACAAGCUGUGAGUGUUUCUGCAGGGACAUUUCUUCAAAUUUGUGUACUUGUGAAUUUGUUCCAAGAAGGUGAAAGGACACUGCAGCCUCUCUUGAAUGUUUCUACUUUUAGUAUGCAAGUUAUUUUUCUUUGUUUUAACUUAAGGAGCCAGUUCACAUAAAUCUAACAGUAUCAGUCAGGUUGAACUUUGUUCUCUGUAAGCUCGCCUUUCUGUCUUCUUGUCUGUUAGCAUCUAUUCUUUUGAAAGACUCUGGCUAUCAUCCAACACUGUCCGCAUCAGCUUGCCAGAAGACUGUAUUAUCCUGGGUCCCAUGUAAGGGUACGUUUUCAGGUUCAGUUAAGAUCAUGUCUGAAAUAGUAUUUUGAUUGACAGACUAGGUGAUACAUUUCAAUAACAAACCAAUGAAUUCACUACAUGGAAAAGAGAGCGUACAAAUACAAGGCUGUAGGUAGGGACUGUCUUAUCUGACUCUGCUGUUGAACUCAAAGUGACCAUGUUUUAAAGUGUCUUUGAGCUUCAUAUCUGAGAAGUUAACAGUGUUGACAGUAGAGAUGAGUGAUAUGAGCUAAAAAAAAUUUAUCACAGUAAGAUUUACCAUUCUGGUGAUAAUGAUAAAAGUCUGGAUAAAAAAUAUUAUAAUCCCAGUCUGUGUUUUUGACUCGUUCUGUCUUGAAGACACCAGCCGGCAUAGUCAAAUAAAAAACUUGACUACAAGUUUAAGUGGUAGGUUUCAAUACUUAUUGAAAACUCUUAUUGCACACAGUGAACGGCAGGUCAGGCAUACCUGAUCGCACUCGUCUAAACCCCAAUCUUGAAGGAAAUCCCUCACGUGGAGCCUCGUUCAGCAACAAGCUGCUCAGAGACGUCUUCUUCACCACCUUCAGCCAUGUUUGUUUGUUUUUCUGAUCUGUGUGGGCUACAGCUGCAAGUCUGUCACUUGCUUUUAUGUCAUCAACUUGCAUUUAUCGCGUUUAUCGUGAGAUGGCAAAUAUUGAUCGUGGAGGAAUUGUCUGACGAUAAAUCUUGAGCAGUAAUUUAUCGCCCAUCCCUAGUUGACAGCAAACAUAAAGUCCUAUAAAAUGAACUUAACAGUACCUACCCAGCACCUGAAAGUUCACAGAAAGGGUCAGGGACUUGGUCUUUAACAGAGUUGAACCAUAAACUGUAGAAAACAUGCAUACAGCCUUAGUGACAUUACCCAUUGGUUUCUGAAGCGCUGCUUUAAAGCCUUUUAACUGCAGUCACCGUAUUCUGAGUUGACUCUACCUAACCUUUAGUUAACCCAACUGAGGCAAAGAGGUGGAGCAGAGGCAGGUCGCACCAGCAGCUUCAGUGUGUCUACCUGUCAACCUAAAUGAGCUUAAGAGUUGAAAAUAAAUACUAAGUUUGUGUCUGCAGCGUAUUUUUACUUCUCAGAGUGGCCAAUUUAUUAGGGGUUCAAGCUUGGGUAGUUCUCUCUGGGUCUGAUAAAUGAACUUUCCAGAGUUUAUGGACAGAUGGACUCUCUUGUGGUCAAUCAGGUAAAAGGAGUAAAGGCGCUGCCUUCAAGAGCAGAGGCUGAUUCGCUUGAUUCUGCUCGUGCCUCUCUCUAAAACAUCUCUUCUUGGUUUAUUACUCGGACAGAACUUUCUCCACCUCGCUGCUGUCGAGUGAUGAAUUAUGAAUAGAUGUGGUUCCAGCAGCACUGCCAGCCAGGCCUGAGGAUUACUUUCAAUUUGCACACCGCUUCCCUUGCUCCCUUGCUCCUUCGCUGGCUUGCACCGCAAGUCAGACUUCUUUCUCUGGGGACUCUGAAGGCAGUAUUAGAUUGCUGCCUGAAACUCUAACCCCUGCCAAUCAUGUAAAAAGUUUGAGGAAUGAAUCUCUAUGGAUGCACAAUGCACUGUAUACAGUUACACAAGUGCUCGUGUUGCUGCCCCUCUCUUUGACUCCUCCAUGAGUGGCAUUGCUUCUUACCCGUAGAUAACAUUUCUCACUUUCCUUGUGAAGGAAGACAAAGGCGAAGGGCAUGUGUGACUGCAGAUAACUGGUUGUAAUUGGCCUAGCUGAUGAGCAGGCAGCAGGCAGUGAAAGGGAAGUAGAAAGGACAGGGAUCUAUUUAAUGAAGCCAAUGAGAAGGACACGGAGAGCCCGAAGGCUUCAAGAAGGAUUAGAGCAGGCUCCAGCAGAUUUAGGCUUACAACGCUGCCACUAGUCUAUCAACCUUGAGUGCUGGUAAAGGACAGGGGUCAGGUUGUAAAACUAAGGUUCAUGUCUUUUACACUGUAUGUGAUAUCUCUUCUGUGCAACCUUGAUCUUUAGCUGCUCUCCAUCCAGAGUUGUCUCUGAACAAAAUGGUUUUUCUAAAGGUUAAGUCCCCAAGAUGCUAACCUUUUAUUAUACAACUGAUACACAUCCUUCUGCGGGCUCAUGACUGUGUUUUCCACUGUUUUCAUGUGGGAAUAUGCAUGCUGCCUGUCAGCCAGCACAUCUUGGUGCAUUUGUGCGUUUUCAUGUGUAAAUUAGGACACAUAAAUCUGUCUCUGUGUGUGUGUGAGUGUCUGAUGACGUGAAGCGUGUGAUGUGUGAUGCCGGCCUAAUAUGUCCCAUCUCUGCCUCUCUGGAUAUGGCAGGCAGUGUGAGAGCGACAGAGAGCCGAGCCAGUUGGCAUGGAAAGAGCCGGGGUUGAAGUGAUGGCUGGUGACAUGGCAGACGGGCUAGCCAGGCAGGAAAUAGUUGCCAGCAGAAACACUGAUCCCACUCACCUCCACCUCUUGAUGACUUUGAGUUUCUCGCCCAAGUCUUUGCAAAGCACCGUUUGACAGAGGUAAACAGCGGAAGCUGUGCAUUUUCAAAAGAAAUUAAAGGUCGCAGUCUUGAAUAUUCAUUGUUUAUGGGAGUUGAAGGCGGCAGCGAGUCGUUCAAGCGAACAAAAUGACUCUUAUUAACCUUUGACUCGGGUUUGAGUUUGCGCUUUAUGAAUAUGCAUUCUCCAAGGAUAUUUUUAUGAUAAGCUCCUGGAAUCACUGUGCUUACAUUCCCCUGUUGUUUUCUCUAUUGGCAUGGGCACUAUAAGGCAUAACAAUACAUUUUUAUGAUUUGUGCAAAUUUACACCGGUCUGGGUCUGCUGCGUCUGAUCCAACUGAGCAAGGAGGAAAAAAACACAACAGAAGUUAUCUCCAUGAAAUUAUCCCCAGUUCUCUAUUUCAGAAGCAUGAGGGAAAUUAAAGUGUAUCACACAGUUAUAGGCUGAACAGGUGCCAUGCAUAGUAGAGCUAAUUGUGUCGGAGGAGUUGAAAAUUCUGAUAGUCGCAAAGUAAUGGAUGUUUCUGAAUCAUUAAUUUUAAUAUUGAUCAGAGUGCUUACAAGGACACAGUCUUGUGAAUAGAUAGCCUCUGGUGCCUUUAAACUUGACUAUGUUAUUCUGUCAGCUUAGAGAUUGCCAGACUCAAUCAGCGCAGCAGCCUUGUAAGAAAUUUCUUUUUUAUUUCCCCACCUUUAAAAAAAGCAGCCCCCUCAGAUUUGGACAAGGACAAAAGAGCAUUCUGGUGUGUUCACCAAGCACGAGCAAUUCCUCUGUUGAGCCGCUUCCUCCAAUUAUGUACCCCCUUUUCUGGUGGUCUGUCACUUCUCAUCCUUUCUGAGGUGGUGUUAGUAGCCAGGGAUGGUGCCUGGGGAGGGGGCGGCUGCCUGGCUGACAUACUCAAAUCCUGCAGCUUAAAGAGAGGAUGGCCAUUUAAUAGGCUAGCUGCCAGUAGCAGCUUGUCCGCAUGGCGAGCUUGCUGAAGAGACAGACGAGUGUCUGACCGCUGUCGGCUUUCCAGCAUGACACCCACAUCAACGUUUCGAUUAGCAAAGUGUUCCAGAAAUCUCCAUAUUGCGACUAAGCCCUUUAGUUUUCACCAAAGAGAUGUGGCUACCAUCGAAAAAGAGUCCGACACUUUUUGAAGAUGUUAAUCAUAAAAUAUAGUCAAAGUACGGCUCUGAUAAGGUUUUUUUUUUGACCUUCUGAGAAAUGCACUUCCUUCCUAAUAAUGAGAUGAGAUCUUUAACCAUUGUAGAUCUGUAACAUUUGAAACCAGCUCCAGAAGAUGGUGGCUUUUCAUAUCACAAAGUCUUACAACAGUGGGAAACAGAUAGCUCAGCUAUCUUUUAAUGAAUCGGUACCUUUGCUAUCCCAACUGUAUUCAGCAGAGCUCAUUGGUAGCAUCAAACCUGUUAUCGCCCCCGUAGCUGACAGUUGCUUAAGAGAAGGUCUGUGUCCUGUGAGCUGGGUAAGCAUAGUGCCAUUUCCUAAGGAUGUCCUGAUUUUUUGGCCCCCUAUCCUAAUUCAAGUUUUUUGAUAUCAAGUAUCGAUUCUUGUUUUUGCCUGGAUAAUAGAGCGUCUUUAAGAUAUAUUCAGCUUAUUCACUCCAGUGUGCAGGAGUGGUAAACAUCAAUGUCUGUUUUAAAACUGACAGCAGUCACAUCAUGUUUUAGAUCAUCUCAUAAACAGUCAAAAGCUUUGCCGUACUGCUCCAGAGAGGGCAGUGCCUAAAAUGUGUUGUUGAUAGACUGUUGAUCCAAAAGCUCUAAAACACAGCUAAAACCUGCGCUCUCCACAAUGGGGAUGGACUAAUAGACCAAAGUGAUGAAUUAAACCACUUCUCUGGAUAUUUAAAUCCUUCCUCGUUAAAUCCAGAUGAGUAGAUUUGGCACAGCAGCCUUUCGUUUGUUGUUUUAGUGACUUCUGCUGCGUGUUAAGUUUGAAGAUGUCAUAUCAUAUUGGGUAACAGAACGUGACCCAACUGUUAUUGCCGCUUAAAUGAUUGUGUAGUGAGUGAUCAUUAUUUUUUUAAAUGUUGUCUUACAAAAUAUUUCCACACUUUGGUGGUGGAUUGCUGAUGCCACGAUUCUUCCCUGUUAAGGUUCUGCUCCAUAUUGCGCUCAGUUCAUGACAUCUGUACUAUAUAUUAUCAGUAUGAAGUGAUGAGCCCAUAUUGGUGAAACCUGAACAAUGUCCUUAUCAGCUUCAGCCUGAUAAAUGAGAAUGUAAUCUUGACAAAUCUGGUCUUUUUUACUUGUGAUUAUUACAAAGGUAUUACCAACACUUCCUAUGAUCCCAUUGUUCUUUAAGAUGCUUUUAUCUGACUCCUACCAUACUAUUUUAAUCUAGUCUAUAAUCGUGUUACUGGUAAUAUCCUUUCUUUUGUGGACACAACACACCUGUGCUCAUAUACUUGCAGCAUGUUGAUCAGCUGCUUGUGUCCAUAAAGAGGUUUUUGCGAAAACUCACUUCAGCGUAAUUCUUUCAGUGUUUUUUGAGGCUUAAAGUCCCACUCCAAUCCACGUUUUUAGCCAAAAUCUCAUUACCUGUGUCAUUUUUGCCCCUUUGAGUCGUGGACGGAGACAGCUCUGCUCUGCGCUCUCCUCUUCAUGCUAGCUUGCAGCCUAACAUUGCCGUUGUAGCAGAAGAAACAAGUAACAUAGGAGCUAUUCAGCUCUCUGACACUCAUGUCUUCAGAGACAUGAUGAAAGCUAAGAUCAUAAUUAGCUUUCUUACAAGCAUUGCAAUCCACUUCCACACACGAUUGUCCUCUCUGUUUCUGUGAGUGUGGCCACAAGCGUGGUGCGGAGCUUGAAAUUGUGACGUAGGAAAUCUCACUGAAUCUGAGCCUGCCGUUUGGGUCUGCCCAAGUGAUUUGAAUGCAGAAAGACUCCAAAAUGCAAUUUCACACUUAUUUUUCUCAUGAUAUGUCCUGUAGCAUCAGAAAAACGCCAUAUGAACAUAUAAAAAAUAAAGACUCACUCCACUGGGCUUUAAGCUUGAAAUGAAUAACCUACAGAUGGGAAAAGAUUGAAGCUCACUGUUGAACUCUUGCUUGAAUGUUGCUGACUGAAAGACACUAUUUGGGUGAAGUAGAUAAAUUCAAAGGAAUUUCUUAAACUCUUAAACAUCAGCUAAAUUUCCAAACUCUUUCAGGCAUGUUUCGCCGCUUAUCUUAAAGGGAGGAUUGUUGUUUUAAUGAAAAGUGUUCACGGCUAAAUUAUCUAAUAUAUGAGGUAAACUAAAGAAAUGUGUAAUUGGAUUUUUAUAUCAUCAUCAUCAGUCUGCUCACUGUGAGCGCUCAGGUCUCAUGAGGCCUUGAGAUAAAUAAGCAUGGGAUUAAUAAGUCAGCCAUCCAUGUAAUAGGCCUAAAUUGAUGGAGGAGAGUAAUGAGUUACUCUUGCACAAUUUUGCAAAUAAAAUUGUGUUAACUGUUGAUAGGACAACACAGCUGAGGGUACUCUUUAGCUGGACGACCAUGACCAGAGGAAGACACGUCAUUGUGUAUUAGUCACAGCCUGUAGCCCCCCAAAGACUGGCAUCAUACUUAAUGUUCUUUUGAGCCACAGAUCCUCUUGUGUUAACUCAAACUGACUGUGCUUGGAUUGAUUUGGAUUGUGCCGCAGUAUUUGUGCAAGACCCCCAAUAUUUGCUUUAACCUUUAGCUGCGAACAUGCCUCAGAACAAAUAGAUAAAAAACACCAGACGGGUCAGACCCUGUCUUGAGGAGUACUGAGCUGAGAAAGCAUAACAAACACCCGAGCUCCCACUGAGCCUACUGGUGGAUGAAUUUGGUGAAGAAAUCUAAAUGAGAACAAAAGUAAUAUCAUAAACCAGUUUGUUAUCGGGGCUUUAUUCCUACAAUGAGGACAUACGUGAUGCGUAUCUUGUAUAAAUAGUUAAAAUCUGAGUAUGCAGAUGAGGUCUAGUUACACUGUCCUAAUUCCCCAUAGCAAUGUGUUAAUAUUCCCAGUACACAGGAACAUUUUUAUACGUAAACAAGCAAUUUAUUUUAUCAUUUGUUUGAUUGUUUGUUUAUUUAUUCAGGCAAAUGGAAGAAAGCAUAAACUAGUAUGCAGGAAUGUGGUAGAAAUUUUUAGUCGUCUUAUAUGAAAAUCAAUUAUUGAAGGUACUACAACACCAGGAAUACAGACUUAAUAUCAUUGUUUACGUGUGAAGAGAAAGCUGUUUUCACAUUUCAAAGGUGUUAACAGGUGCCAUGUAUAUGUUUGUGGCAUCAAAGAGAGACUUAUUUUUGUGGGACAAAAUCAGUGGCAAAGAUAGAUGCAUGAGAUAUUUGGUUCACACCAGGGCUGCCUGAUAUCUGACCAGGAAUUAAUCUUUUUUAUACAGAGGAAAUUUUCUACCCUCCACUGUUUGAUCAGGAUCAAAACAUUUGCAACUGACAAACUUAUGUCCAAAACAAAGAAGGAUACCUAAUUUAUUAUAUGCAGAAAAGAUAAAUGUACAUGUUUUAAAAAUGAGGGCACUUGAUAUGAAAUAAGAUUACAUUGUGUCAAAUUCAGAAAAAUUAAAUUACUUAUUCAUGGUGUUUACAAACUACUCAUUUUUCUUUGUUCUACUUGCAUACAUUAUGUAACUGGAGUCUGCAGAUCUGUGAAUUAAUGAAUGAUGCCUACUUGUGUUUUUUGCCAGUUAGCAGCCUGUUAGCAAAGCUAGAGCAUUGUUUUAUGAUCUCUUUAAAAUCCACUGCAAAGGUUAACAUUUGGAUAAUAUAGCAACCUUUUAAAUGACAAAAUUAAGCUGUUCUCCCAAAUCUAGUGAAUGAUCAAUCUGAGCUUUUGAAAAACAUACUGAUGAAAUGCUUUCUCACUAAACAUGCUUGCUUUAAAACCUUUGGAUGAAGGCUUGGUUAUGACAGCCAUGCUUUCAUACACCACUUUGAGGCAGUCAGAUGAAGCUAAAGGUGGCUAUCUGCAGCACUGUUUUUCAAUUUUGUUUGGACAAAUGCACUCUUGGCAUCAGUUUGCUUUUCAUGAUUCAUAUCAUCACUGCAGCACCAAAAUACGUAUUGUGCAGGCCUCCUUUCAGGAACUUGAAAUAUGGGAAAUUGAACAACAGUGCUCUCGUGGUGAACAGUAAGGACAAUGAGCAUGAUUAAUAACCUCAUUAGCAUGGAUAUUAUUUUCAGAUUACCUGAGGAAACAUUUGUUAGCUUUCCAGCUAGCAUUUGUCUUUGAUUACUCUUUCAGGAGCGCACACAGCUAAUAAACAUCUAAGAAGCCACUCAAAAUUUACAGAGCAAGGAUAGCAGCCUUUAAUCCAGUUUCAGAAACAUACAUCACAGGCCUUUAUUGAAACUAAAGCAUUACUAACUUCAUAACUUAAUGGCAGAAUUAAAAACAAGCCAUCAGAUGUAUCUAUUUAUGCUGUCAGCUGAGGUAUAAUAAGUAUCAUGUGUAAGCCUCUCUGUGUCUUUGGGUUUGAGGCCAUUCAGCUGCGGCUAAGGUCAAAGUCUCCAUGUCAGUGGGACAUGACCGUGCAGUAUAACCUUGUCAAUAAUUCAGCCCCUGUUCCUCAAAGCCUUUACAUCCAUAAGCCCAGUAACAGUUCUCACUUAUUAAAGAUUCAUUGCACAGGGCAAGACACAUCCUUAAUCACCCCUUUGUGUCCUUUGGUUUCACUGCUUAUGCUUUGCAUAGGAUACAAGUGCAAUUUAAGAAUCCCACUGUAAUACAUUAUGAUAAUUAAAAUCCCAUUUGGCACCCUUUGACUUGUAUUUCAUAUCAAUCUGCAGGCAGUGUAUGGCUGUAAUGGAUUUUUUCUUCAUAUCUGAUCAGCCCACUGCAGCAGUUUUUAUUAUGCAGGGCCUGAGGACAGUGCCACAUUAAGAGGGUGGACUGUUCGCACACACUGCCCCUCAUCCAUCUCCCAUUGACUUCUACUGUCACUGCAGUGCCCACAGCUGCUGUGUGGUCGAGUACUUACUCAUCUAUGCUCAUGUGAAUCCAUGCUACAGCUUCUUUACUUUCCUCACAACUGGAUGCAGUGAUAUUGACACACACACACACAGCACAGCAGGUGUUUACACUCCAAAUUUUUCUGUUCUUGAAGCGGCCGCUUAUUUGUCCUUGCCUGUGGGUGCCACGGCCCAGCCUGUACUAACGAUCCAUCACCAGACUGCAGAGUGGAAGUUAGGGUCAUAAAACUCCAUCCCCUUUCUCUCCCUCUCCUUCUCUCUCUCUCUCUCUCUCUCUCUCUCUCUCUUUCUCUCUCUCCCCCUUUCUCUGUAUCAGCCUUUCUCUCUCAUCAGGUGAGCAUGAGGUUGUGUGUGUGUGUGCGUGUGAGUGUGUGUGUGUGUGUAAUGGCCUGUGUGACUGUGUUUGUGUGUUUCCUGGACCGUGCACUGCUAGCGGCUUCAGGGUCUCCCUACGCAGAUUGAUGGACAGUGACGAUGGCUUCCCUCUGUGGAGAGGGGGAUGAGUAAUGUGUUUUCUUUGGUGGACACACAUACGCACAUACACUAAUACACACUAACAGAGUAUGUGCUUAUGUAAAACACAGUGAGUGGGCAUGGUAAAAAUGAGUGCAGCCAUUUGAGGAGCUUUUUGUGGAUGUUAUGCCUCGGCCUCCGUGCCUUUCUGGAGAGCGCUCAGCUACACCUACACACUCUUGAACACUCUUCCUGCUCAUUUGUCAGCUGUGUGUCCUACACCUGCAGCAUGAUUAUGGCUUUUGCAGUCUCAGUUCUGCUGCUGUUGCUUCCUUGCAGAGGCUUUUUUUUUUCUAGCUAUAAAGUACAAACUCACACCGAGAUUUAUAUAUAGAUAUAUACUGAACAUGUCUCCAUCUGAAGGCUCUUAUAUAGAGCUGCAUAGAGAUGGAAAUGCUUGGGAACAAUACCCUACAUCACCGUGAAGUGUUCGAAAAAGCCUCUUCUUUUUAUGGUGUUAAAAGAUAGGUUUGGAGAUGUUUUAUAUAUCUUUGUGUCAGAAAAUCCCAUAAAAACCAACCAAGACUUUUCUGCGUGUCUUAAGCAUGAAUAAGCUUAACAGUUUGUGCUGUAGAGCGCUAUUUUUUAUUUAUGCGCUUCCCACACAUACUCUCUGCCUCUCGAGAUCCUCACCAAGACAUGAAAUGGUUUGAUCAUGUCCACUACGAAUGCACUUUCUGCUCCUGUUAGGGGAAUUUAUAAUAAAAACCCAGUUCCAGAUGAUUUAAAGGUUAAAAAGUAAAAGUUUUUAUCUGUAAAAAUUAUUAUUGUAAACUUGAGUAUAAAUAAACUGAAACACUAGGGGGAAACUAGAUUAGCAUAUUUUAAGGAUUUGUCAAAAUUAAAAACCUUUUUUAAAACAUCACCAUCUUUAAACAUUUCACAUCCCUGCAAAUACAAGCUGAGACACAUGCACACAGCUCUGCAUUUGCAUGCAAAUGCCCAGUCUGCUGGCUGCCGGGCUGCAUUAAAAUCUCUUGUCUAUCACACACACACUCACACACACAUUUUAGCUUAUUAGAGAAGCAUUAUGCAUACAUAAAUGGGCUGUGUGCGUGUUUUAUAUCUAAGUUUGGGAUGAACAUCAGCAGUGCCCUCUGUCUGAUCCCACCCUAAUGCGCUCAUGUUGAAACAUGUGGAGGCCUCACUAUCUAUUAUUCUGAAAAGCCAAGGAGGACAACGUUUGCACAAGGAUCAUUAGCCUAAUUUAGUGUCUUUCAAGCCCUAAUGGCUUCUGUUUAUACAAAAAGAGUUUGAGGAGGAGAUGAGGCUGGAUUAAAGGAGGUCUCAAAAAUGAGCGAUGAAGCAGUUUGCGCAGGAAGAGGUGGUGAGAAGUGGCAGAACAUCACACCGAGCCCCCUGCCCCUGCAGCUUUGCAGCCCACUCCACUGUCUAAAUCGAACUCUGCUGCUUUCUAACCUGCUCUUAGCUUUUUUUUUUCUCUCUUAAAAGCCACACUUCUGUGCCCACCUUCACUCACCAGGUAUCCGCGGUGGUUGGAUGGUAAUUAGACUACAGUCAGAGAGCAAAUGAAUUCCAGGUCAUCCAGUCUGCCAUCUGCAGUUUAUGGACUAUAACAGACGACAGCUGUAGAAAGAGACACCUGGCAAUCUGAGGGGAGUGAUAAAGGAUGAUGAACUGUUUUAAGACUCUUUUUAACAACAGAAAAUUAACCUAAAACUAUUAUGAAAACUUCUGUCAGUAACUUCUGUGUAGGGACAAGUUUGGCGCCCCCUGUGGACAAAACAGGACAACAUACCUCUUUGCUACAUGAAUGUUAUAUUUCCUGAGAAGAGACUGAGUAGUCUUUUUUUUUCCAUGUGUAAGACAUGAGAGAUAUUACAUUUUGAAAAAAUCAUAUCUCUCAUGGUCUUGUAUGGCCUUACAGUUCACAUGUAGUGGCCAGGAAAUCAAAUUUAGUGUGUCCCAUAACAAGGUAAAACCUUCUCACAGGAAAGAGAAAGACUAUCUUUCAGAUAACUGGGACACAAGCAAAGAUGUGAAGCGAAGACACGUUUGACUCCAUAUGACACAGAGUGAAUGUUUGCACAAGCCAGCCAAAGACACUUAAAUAGUCUAGAUCAACAACAGUCAUUACUUAACUUACUUUGUGUAAAGUGAUAUAUGUUCAAUCAAAACACCAGCAGACAGGGCGACUUGUAAUGUCUAAUGAGUCAUUCAAAUGUGUGUUUGCUUAGCAUCGACAUGUCUCUUGAUCCGAGUUUGACAGAAGGCGACUAUCUGGCAGUAAACCUCCUUUUCAGCUGCUCAGUGACUGUAUUGAGCUAAUUCUGGCAUGAGCUAAAGGCUAAUGUGCUUGUACUACAGAGCCAGAGAUGGUGUGAGCUCCUGUUAGUAUUGGACUGACAUAAACACAGUGCAGUAACUGAGUAGGAUGAUGAGCAUUUGCAAGCACUUAUUUGCUAGAAAGUGUUCACUUUAAUUCUGAGGGGUUGAACAAGAGAUGUGGCUUCAGUGUUUGUUGUUAGACUGAUGAAGCUGUUGACCACUUCUUAAAACAUGCAGAGUGCUGAAAAGGGAGCUUUUGAUUUGUUAUUCUCUGACUGCCAUGUUUGUUUAGUAGCUGUCGUGGAUGUUUUACAAGGAUAAGACAUUAAUGUCAUUCAUACACCGUGAAAAAAGUAUUUUUAUACUACACAAAAAAUGCAGUUGUUUGUAAAUACAAUUCCAGAUACUAGUGGUUAUGACAGCAAUGAUGGAAGUCAAUUUUAUGAUAUGAUUGGAAAGCAUAUCAUAUCCAAUCCUAUCCUAUAUCAUAUCAUAUCAUAUCAUAUCAUGUCAUAUCACGUCAUGUCAUGUCAUAUCAUAUCAUAUAAUGUUAUACCAAACCAUAUCAUACCAUAUCAUAUCAUGUCAUGUCAUGUUUUACCAUAUCACAUCAUGUCAUUUCAUGUCAUGUCAUGUUAUACCAUGUCAUGUCAUUUCAUGUCAUGUCAUGUUAUACCAUGUCAUGUCAUUUCAUGUCAUGUCAUGUUAUACCAUGUCAUGUCAUGUCAUAUCAUGUCAUGUCUUGUUAUACCAUAUCAUAUCAAAUCACAUCAUAUCAUGUCAUGUCACGUCAUGUCAUGUCAUCUUAUACCAUAUCAUGUCAUGUCACGUCAUGUCAUGUCAUGUCAUGUUAUACCAUAUCAUAUCAAAUCAUAUCAUAUCAUGUCAUGUCAUAUCAAAUCAUAUCAUAUCAUAUAUUGUAUCAUUAAGUCAUAUCAUAAAUAUCCUAUUAUAUAUUAUAUUUGUCUUAAGCACUUUGUGCUCCAUUGUUUUUUAUGAAAAGUGCAAAUAAAGAUUGAUUGAUCAUUUCAUAUCAUAUCACAUCAUAUUAUCAUAUCAUAUCAUAUCAUAUCAUAUCACAUCAUAUCUCAUCUCCUAUCAUAUAAUGUAUCCUAAUGUCAAAUUAUAUACCAUCAUAUCAUAUCAUAUCAUAUCUUAUCAUAUCAUAUCAUACUCAGAAACAUUGCUAAAUUAAAGCUGUGAAAAGGACCCGAAUUGCUCAAAAAUGGCACUGUUACAUUUUAGUUCAUAGAUUCUUUGACUGUGCAGAAGAGAGAGAGAGAGAGAGAGAGAAAAAGUGCAACUGGAGGUGAAACUUUAGUAAAGUAGUCUUAAAGUUUUCCAGAUAAAAAAAAAAAAUCUCACUGUCUCUGUACUGUGACUCUUUCCUUUCAAAACUUUAACCAAAAGUCCCUCCUGUCUUCUUUGUGUUGUGAAGUCCUUUUGUCAAAUAGCAGCUGACACUGGUGACAAGCAAUAGAAAAACUGAAAAUAAAAAGUCAGUUCUUGGUAGUCUGGUUUAUUUUUUGGAUCAUGUGGAAUCCAAAAGAUAUUCGGGCCCUUGGAUGCAUUAUAAAAAUAUUCACUCUCCAAAUGAAUGUAUGACUAAAUAAAUAAAUAAACUUCAACCAGACUAAAGUUGAAACUCAAGAAACUGAGUUUUUUUUAUACGCUUCCGUAUUGUCUGAAUUUAUUAACACUCCUUGUCUUCAUUGCAGCAUACAACAAUGACAUUGCAGUGUGCAGAUUUGACUGAUCAUGCAGGCUCAGUUUGAGACCAUUUUUUUUUUACUUUGUGAGGCUGUAUUGGGUAACUGGGUUGCUUUUUAAAUAAUUGCUGAAGGCAAAACAUUUGCAUGCUAACAUGUUCAUAAUGGCAAUGCUUUUACAUUUGGAUCUAAUACAUUACAAUGCAGAGAAGCCAGGGCAUUCAGGGACAGCUCAGAAUAGAGAGAAAUGAAUCAAUAAAGGAAGUGUUCCCAACAACUCAUCUGCAUCUCUGUUUGCAUCAACAGGCACAGUGUAUUUCAUACACUAUGAAAAAAAGCAUCAGCAACAGCACUUCCUUUUUAAGUCUCUGAUGAAAAUUUAAUAUCAUCUGUCCCCCGGAAGUUUCCCUCGGCUCUCAAAUAAAGACCUGUCAGUUUUCUUACCAGAACAAUCACUGCAUACAACUGGCAUUAACCUGACACAUAGUGAACAUUAUACGCUUUUAUAAGCUCUGUUGUUAUUGCAUGUAGAGUUUUUGAUAGAGUUUCCUCCCAUGUUCUCCAGUUUCCAUCUUAUAUAUCUGUAAAAACAUCUGGAGGAGUCUUUAAAUGAUGCCACAUAAAUCAUCAGCAGGAAUGUAUCUCCUGUUGAAAACUUGUCAGAUUUAUGUCACAAAACAAGUGUCAGCUGCAGUUUUAAGACUCACAAGAGCAGCCAACAACAGCAUGAAGCCAACGCCUUUGAUUUGUGCUUUCACUGUGUCUUUUACUGUGAUGGCAGCACAGCUUUAGUCUCUUUCUUCACUACUGAGUGAAGGUCUUGGAUGGAUUUUACCUCCACAGGGACAAGAAUCACAUAAUGAGUUUUUAAUAUCAUGCCAUGUGUUGGCUGUGUACAAGCCUGCUAUUGUUGUUUCAUGGAGAGCAUGUUUUCGGCUUUAAUAUUCCUUGUCAUUUUAGUCUCUCACAACCAACAGAUCAAUCAUGCAGUGGUGCACUUUUCUUUUGAUAACACUCUCAUUUUUUUUCCAAGUUUGCUGUGGAGAUAAAAGAGAGAUAUUUUUGAUUUCUGCAAAUCACAUCUAAACAUCAAAACUUUGACUUUUCCUGAAAAGAAACAAAGAUGGUAUUAAAAUGAUUCCCUAACACUAUUUUUCUAAAAUGUCUGCUGAGAAGAAGAUCCUCUAUCCAACCAGUUCAACACUGUCAGACUUUGAGCCUCCUUAGCAACACAUGUGUGAGACUUCCAUGCUCUGCACACGGCCACAAUAAUUUGCAGCUGACGGUGGUGGUGUUUCUUUAAGCCCUUUGGCCUCACAAAGUCAUUACACAAACAGUUUUAUCGUCUGUUGACAGCUGAGUUAUCCAGAUAUAAGAAAUUGCUGUGGCUAACAGCAGAAAACUCACAAUUUCAACUAAGGCUGCACGAUAUUGGAAAAAAAUAAUAUUGCGAUUUUUUCAACCCCGCGAUAUAUAUUGCGAUAUUAAAAAUACAGGAAUUUUCACCAGAUGACCUGAAUAGCAUUUAAUGUUAUGCUGCACUGCUGAAAUCUUGAGGACAGUUACCCUGCACUGAUCUUACCUCUUUUUGUGAAUGUUAGAAUGGCUUCUGUCUCAGAGAUAUUUUUAGCUUUUAUUGUGCUGGGACGUUAUUGUGGCAACAGAUUAACACAGAACACGUAUUUUGGUCCUUCUUUUAACCGAAAUAAUUCCAGAUAACUGACUUUCCUUUUCUUUUGGGCAAAAAAUCUUCAUUUUCGGUGGUUUUCGCUUGUUCGUUGCGAUCGUUGUUGUUGUUGUUAGCGGUGUUGUGCCGAGAAACGCAUGUCCUCCGAGAAUUGCAUGCACCUCGCAAAACGCGCACCGCUUAUAGUAGAGUGGUCCACGGAAAUGUACAAUUUAAAACCCAUACAGUUCUUAUUUGUUAGGCUUAAUAGUCAGGAGUAAAGUUCCGAAAGUAAUUCUCAGCGGACACACGUCUCUCUCCAUGUGCAGAACAUGUGCAGGGGUGGGUUUCCUCCUCUCUGAUUUUGAUUGACAGCUGGCAGGGUAGUCUGAUUGGCAACUGAGUUAAGGACGAAUGUGAUUGGUGGAUCGCUGCAAAGCACAUGCAGAGUCACAUGCAGUGUAUCGCAGUCAGUUACCCUUGAAAUUAAAUGAGUUCAUUCACCUCCAAUAUCGCAGGCUCUGCGAUGUGACUAUCGCACACACGUACAUCGCGAUGACGAUAGUCAAACGAUAUAUCGUUCAGGCCUAAUUUCAACUACAAAAUAGAUGUUUCAAAUCAUUUCACUCCUUAUAAAUAUUAAAACAUUUCCAGAACAGAACAGCCUGUUAAGUCUUUUCUGAUUCAAGGGACUGGUUGAUUUAAUGUUGCCUGGCAACCAAAAUGAUAAGAUAAAGAAAUUUGACCUCUUGUCUUUUGCCUUAUGAUGAGUGCUGAAAGUGAAAUUAUAAAUAAUUCAUGAGUGUGACAAUGACAGACAAUAGCUAUUAUUAUUAAGUCACAGAUUUUCGCAGCAGGUAACAGAAAAUAGGAAUGAGACAGAGACAUGAGUCAGCACGGACCAAAGCAGUUUCUUGUGGUGGUUUGAAGCGGACACUGUUGUGAGGACAUUCAAUGACUCUUGUGAUGGUGUUUCUUAUGUUUAUUCCUGCCGUUUUGCCUCAUUUGUAGGUUUUUUCAAUCAUGGCAUUAAACCUCUUUUUAUAGCAUUGAAUGACUAAAAAAAAACAGAUUUUUUUUUUUUUAGAAAAAAAAGCUCUUAAAAUAGUGUAACAAGAAUUAACUCUUAUGACUAAAACUGUGUUAGAUGAGGAUAUAAUGGUGUUUUUUUGUAUUUUGCUGUCAGCUUGUCUGAAAAGGAUAUUCAAAUGUUUUAGUUUCACUUUCAGAGAGAUGUUAUGUCUCCUAUCAUUGAUUUGAGUCCUUUGCUUUUGUGUCUUACAGACUUUUAAAAUGCAGCUCUUGAAAAUUUCCAGAAAUUUUCAGUAUAACAUACUGACAUUUUCCGAAGCUUAUUGGUUUCACACUUUACAGUACAAAGUUUCCUCAGUCUGAUUGUGAGGAAGGGGUAGGAAGCGAAGCAGAAAAUUAAAAGGUCACUGCUGUGUAAUGUCCAUGGCAUAUUCAAGACAGUAUUAAAGUCAUGUCUGACUCUUUCAUUUUUUGCCUCAAAUACAGUCAAUUAUGUAACUUGCCCAAAAAUCAUUUCAGUUACUGGUGGAUGCUAUGAAAGUCGCUACAACUUUCUACUGACUUUUGCUGAACAUUCACGACUUUUACCUGUUGCAUUCUCAAAUAAACUCAGCCUUACUUACUGUAGAUAUUUUACUGAAGGACUGGAGGGAGAAAUUCCACAUGUUAAAGUUGGGCUGGGCGAUAAACCAGAAAUUUACAGAUACUGACAUUUACGACAAUUUUGCCCAUAUCGGGAUAUUCAAUGUCAAAAAAAUAAAAAAUAAAAGUUGGUUUUGGAUGUGUGUAGGUAGGCUAUGGUCUCAUGUCCCUUUAAGAUGCUGUCUUAAUCGCAGACGUGACUCCAACCCAUCCAGUCCGUAACAAAGGGGGAAAGACAGGUGAGGAGAUGGAGGAGGGUUUAAAAAUCGUAGCGGCUGGAGCAGCGGCUGAAGUAGACGAAGUUAAUGUGGGAGGGGGUGAGCAGCUUGUGGAGUAGUCAUCAUUUAUCGUUAUUGAGGUGAACUGCUUAACAUAUAGUGAUAUUGAUUUGAGGCCAUAUCGCCCAGCCCUCUGUUAAAGGGUUACUGCUCACUGUUUGCAAUUACACAUGCAGCUCACCUAAAAAUUUCAGGCAGUUUUAAGGAGUUUUGUGCAAAAGUGAGUAGGGCCAAUGUAAGCAAAAAGGGAGUAGAACAACAACAAUUCAAAUAGUACAGGGGAAAAAAGUACAACAAAAAAUAUAAUCUUGAAUAUUUACUGAAAAACAUAUAACUAAUUCAGGUAAGUGUGAGUGCACAGAGAGAGGGAAGCUCACUGAGUGUGUCUGGUGGGCAGGUGUGAGUUUAGAAAAGAAAAUGAGACUAAGAGGAGAGUUUGAGUCAGGAUGGGGAGAAGGGGGAGAUGGUGCAGUCUCCAUGACAACAUAAGACACCUACAGUACUGUCCUUUGGAAGUGGACCUGAACAUUGCAGUUUAUAUCAGGGCCGUAUAUUGAUUCCGCCUGGGAGACAAACUGUAGUUGGUGUACUUGAGUCUGCUGCACAUCCUCUGACUUCACCUUUUACAUAACUGACUUUACUGAACACCUCUCUGAUAGAAACCCAGAGUCUAUUCAAUAAGGUAAAAGAAUUUAUUCCAUGAUUCAAUACCUGGACUCUUAUUUUUGGUUAAAAAAUGCAACUUUAAUUGCUCAGAGUUGUCUGUUCUGUUUUGCUGUAUCUGUUUAGCUUUAUUAUUUCUUUUCCUUUUGCUUGUCUGAAAAGAUUUCUGUUGUGUUUUCGAUGCCUGACUUUGUCCCUUUUUAAAAUGGGGCAGGGAAACACAAGCUCUGAUCGAUAGUGUUUGCGGGGCUGUCUUGUGUCGGGACAAACAGCCCCUCCAGCUGCACUUCUGUUACAUCUUCUAUCACCUGCAGCAGCUGAAGGUCAGCAGGGAAGAGCUUGGUUGUACUUAUGCUGCGUAAUCAAAAAUUGCAACGGUUAUUUCGGACUGCAGCCCACUACCGGGGACAGUAGCCUGUCAGAAAGUAGCUCUGUGUGCAGCCGGGCCCACAGGGAGGAACCAUGCUGUACACGGUGGAGUGCACACGGCUCUCUAUUCACCUGCUGUUGACCUGUGGGGCAUUAGCUGUCCAGAGCCCCACGGCUUUUUACAGAGUGACUGCUACCAGAUAUGGCUUUGGACAGCCGAUCAUGUGACUGUCAUUUUAAAAUGUGGUGGGGGUCGCUCGUGGUUUUCUGUUUCAGUCUCUGCUCACCAGCUGUUUAUGGAAAGAAAGACGUUGUAAAUUCUGUAGGGGCAGCUUGAAAAUUUUCAAGAGCAGCUUUCUAAGGAAGGUUGACACUUCCUGAUGUAGAAAAAAAACAUCAGACUAGUUAACUUUCCUCCUGUGUUAGCUUUCACUACGCACCCACUAUGUUAAGGGUCAGUUUUGACCCGUGCCUAAAUCAGCUGUAAAUCACACUAAAAACAAUUCUCUAUCAUUCAAUUUGGUUCUCAUCUCUAGGUUACCAUGUUAGGCUUCAUUAUCCAUGAAAAUAUUGCUUACAAUAUUAUUUGUUGUGGUCCUCUGGGCCUUUCUUUGUCAGUAUACCCCUCACACAGACAUCUAUACUGAAUUGAUCUCACAUGUCUGGACAUGCCCAAUGUUGUUUUUUGUGCAGGGAAAAACAUGGCAAAAUGAGAAUUUCCUAAAUCUCACAUGAUUAGAAGAGGAUCUGACUGUCAGUGUGGUGCCUAACAGUUCACUUAUGAUUUCAGUUUUUGCUCUGAUUAUUAGAUAUUAAUUUAACCGGGUCAACAGCGACCCUAACACGACAAGUGCCAUAAUUUCAAUAAGAGCAUUUUAUAAUUUAGUCAGUUUAAUUAAUUAUUUUUUAUUUAUUUAUUUUUUAAUAGAGGUUCCUGACAAAGUCAAAAUGUCUUGAUGCAAAAAAGUUUAUUAAAGUGGUUCUUUUAAGCAUUUAAAAACAAAAACGGGUCAGUGCAGACCCUAACACUGAAGGAGGGUUAAACAAUUAAAGUCAACGUGGAUGAAAAUCUGUCUUAAAGACAGUUGAGGUGAAGGACAGAAAAUUCAGUGAAACACCUUCUUAAUCUAUGUCCAAAACCCUAAAUAAGGCUGAAUUUUAAUACACCAGAUCUGCCCUAAAAUAGCUAAUCACAUACAGUAUGUACAACAAGCACUCUGAGAAAUAGGCUGUUUGCCGCAUCAGCAGAUGCCACGAUUUUACUCCCUGUAAGCAUUAAACGAAAGGAAACACUCGACAUUAUUCAAUAAGAGGCAUUAGUUUUGAAAAUCAUGUAUUCAGAAACCGUAGCAUAGAGUGAGAGGCUGGUCUUUCAGUAAAGAGUGCAGGUUUUAUUAUCAUACAAGCUGUUUUUGUGCUGUAUUUGAUAGAUUGUGCUGCCUUUCAAAUCCUGAGUUUUAGACCAUCCUGAAAACAUACUGACCACAGUGAAGAUACAAUAAAGCAACUGUUUUUUCAUGUAUUGAUCCAGAUAUUGAUUUUGGGAGAUAUUUCAAAAGGAGCUUACACAGGCCAGAAAAACUUGACAGAAUACUGCAUAUGUGGGAAGUACAAAGCUUUUUGUAAUUCCAGGUGGUAGCAACUGUACAAAAUCUCUGACAAAAGCAGACUGAUGAAUCUCACUAAAUCACAACUUUGAUUUUGGCUGAAAUCUACUUUGUAAAUAGAAAAAGGGCUUGAAGACAGAAAGAAAGAAUAGAGCUAAAAGGAAACCUGUUGUGAUGCCUGCUUCCAAAAUGCCUGGGAGCUGCAUUACAAGGCUAAGCAGCUGCUGCUGUCAAAACAGUAACACCACCUCAUCUCCAACCACACUGAUAGAUCUUUAGUUGCAUUUUGAACAAUGUUAGUGCAGUUAUGGAAAAGGAAAAAGAAUGCAGGGAAAUGCUGUACUGAUUUCAGGACUUGUACAAAUGAUAUAAAAACUAAAUGUAAAAUCAGCUCGGCUUUCUAAUUUUUCAUUUCAUUUUCUAAUUUGUUUCGUCUGCCAGUAAAAGCUCUUGCCUCUUCAACUGAGUCCUUUUAGACUGCUAAGUGAAGCAAACUCUGAGAGGAUAUGUGUCAGGAUAAAGUUUCUGACUAUUGUUUGUUUUCUGGGGUGGGUGGUAAUGGGCAUGUUGACAGCGUACAAUGCUGUGUACUCCAGCAUCUGUCUCUUUUCAUACCAGCAAUGAGUUGUCAAAAGCCCUGGCAUUUUCCAUUUUUAUUUGUCCUAAGUAAUUUUUUAACAUUGUUCAGUUCAUUUUCGGCCUGUCUGCCAGCAGACAGUCCUGCUCAGGCAUUCAGACAGUUAAUUUCACUCAAUGGCAGGUUGGCUAAUGGAAAUACUUGUCUGAGCCAGAGUAAAAUGUAAAUUAGAACAUUUGUAGAGGUGAGGGACAUUACAGGAGUUAUUAAAUCAUCUGUUACAGGAAGUGGGAUUUUAAAACUCUGCAACACAGUAAAAACUCCUCCAAAUGACAAACGUCCUCUGCCCUCUCUGGUGUAUUUGGGUGUCUUGGUACGUGGUAGCUUUGGUCUUUUUCUAAUUUUGCAUACUAGUCUACCUUGCUAUUUUAUUGACUAAUUGUUCGAUUUAGUGUAAAAGGAAACUUUAAAAACUUGAUUGAUGAUGGAAGAGAGGAGUUUCCAUGUUAUAUGUGUACCAAGAAAACGUGAGACCAUUAUGUACUUACUCUGGGAGCACGUGUUUCAAGUGAUUUUUGUGACAUAACCGCCAAAUGUCAGAGGUUGGGGGCCCCCUGAACCGGUGACCUUUCAGUAUGUUUUAGCACACUGUCGGCCCCCCUUACCACUCAAUUAUCAUGCUGUCAUGGAAUAUGUUUGCUGGAGUUACUUUCCAUCCCACCGGUUGGUAUUUCACUACGGGUUUAGAAAGAGAUUACCACUCUGCUGCCAACAUCCGUCCGCAGACUGAGGAGUAGAGCGAGAGAGAGAGAGCCUCUCCAAAUUUGCCCCCUACACCCUCUCCAUACGCACUUAUACACUGUUGUGCGCUUUCAUGGAGGGUCCACCACACUCAGCAUUGUCCAAAACCCCUGAGUGUGUACAAAUCUAGAACAGCACAAUAUGUUGAGUGAUUUUUAUGAAUAUACUAAAAGGCUAUUUUUAAAACAAACAACUAUCCAACAUAAUUAUUUAUAUGUCAUGCAUCUUUAGUUACAUAAAGUUCUUGCUUUAGGGUGAGUAAGUAGUGUUCGCCCUAAAGCUUGCUGCUGUAUCUAAUCCCAACAUUUGAUGCUGGCACUUCACUCAGCUGUGGGAGUGAAUUCGAACGGAGUACACUCUGUAACAGAGUGGAGGUGAGGAGGGCAAGAGAGAAGAAAUGAGCAUGUCUGUGUCAUAUAAAACCCAUAGGCAGGUCAGGGUAAGCUGCUCCUCUCAUGAGCCUCACGCCCGUGAGACUGUGUGCAGAGGAUGUGAUGGACAGAAUCAUUGUGAUGCACAAAAUUGUAGCCCUCUGCUGUGCUGAUUGACCUUGUCCUGCAUUUACAUAAAGACACCAGUGGCUGGAUAUAGUCAGCCUGUUUAUUUUUAUGUUGCUAUUUCCUCCCUCAGUGCUGUAAUUGUAUUUGUUGAUAUUGCAGAUCCUCAGACUGCAUAAAUGGACCAUUUGAGUGCGUUCUUCAGGGUAAUUUGCUCUUAAAGGCUGUUGAGAGGCUGUAGUCAUUUUCUGUUUUCAUGCAUUUUAAAAUUUCUCAGAUGAAGUCUUAUGAAUAAGAAAGAUUUUCAAUUUUCCUGUUUUCAUCUACAAUGCAUGAAGUAGCCCUGAAGUUGAUACAUAAAGUAGAGCAAAACAACCAGCAGAUAUAAAAUGGGCUCACAGCUAUUAAGGGACUUUUUAUGUCUGCACAGGCAUAUGAUUUUAAAAGCUGUCUGCUUACAAGGCUCAGUCGACCAUUGUGAAUCGACCGGCUUCAGCUGAAUGCAGGUCUGAUCUUUUGAGGAUUAUCUCGGAGCUUCGGCUCUAAUUUCACUGCUGUGUCGGGUCAAUUAGAGUUCGUAAUUGUAAUUUCACUCAUUUAGAGUGUUUAAUCACUGCUGCUGAAGCGGAAUCCAGUUUAAUUAAUUUGUCUCACUGUCUUUUCUCUCUUUCUCUCCCUCUCAUUCUUUCCUUUCCUCCUUCUCCUCUUCUCUCUUCAGGUGUCCAGCCCAGUGAUUGAACCCCAGACAGGACGAAGCAGAAGAUAGACAAAAGGCCAUGGGGAUGUGCCAGGGCCAAAAUGUAGACUGGCUCCUGCCGUUCCUGCUCCUGCUACUGAUGAUUGCAGUAUCACCCACACAGAGUCAAGGAUGUCCUCAGCGCUGCGAGUGCAUCACAAAACAGAAAACUGUGUCCUGCUAUGGUAAACGUCUGUCUGCGAUGCCAGACGGCAUCCCUCUGGACACCAAGAUCCUGGAUCUCAGUGGGAACAAGCUUCGGUGGGUGGAGCAUGGUGACUUGCUUCCCUAUCAACGUCUGGAAAAGCUGGACCUGAGUGAGAACAUGAUCAGCGUACUGGAGCCGAACGCUUUCUCGAGCCUGCAGAACCUGCAGACACUUUCACUCAGAGGGAACCAGCUGAAACUCGUCCCAAUGGCGGCUUUUUCUCGUCUCUCCAAUCUAACUUCACUGGACUUAAGUGGGAAUAAGAUCGUAAUUCUCUUGGAUUUCACUUUCCAAGACCUAAGAAGUCUUAAGAACCUGGAAGUUGGGGACAAUGAUUUGGUUUAUAUUUCCAACAAGGCUUUUCUGGGCCUGGUUAGUUUGAAGGAGCUGACCAUAGAGAGGUGCAACUUGACAUCUGUGUCGAGUCAGUCUUUGUCUUACCUGCAUAACCUGGCGACUCUACGGCUCCGCUACCUCAGCAUCUCCACCUUAGAGGACCAGAACUUCCGCAAGCUGGGGAACUUGAGGGGCCUGGAGAUCGAUCACUGGCCCUUUUUAGAGUACAUUUCCCCACACAGCCUGCAGGGUCUCAACUUGUCCUGGCUGUCGAUUACGCACACCAACAUCACCUCUGUGCCCACUUCCGCCCUGCGCAGCCUUGCUCACCUCACCAGCCUCAACCUUUCUCAUAACCCUAUUUCUGUGCUGGAGUCCUGGGCGCUGAGGGACCUUGUGAGGCUGAAAGAGCUGCAUCUGGUCAACACUAACUUGGCAGUGGUGCAGCCAUAUGCCUUAGGUGGUCUGAGACAAAUUCGCCUCCUUAACCUCUCCACUAACAGCCUGGUGACCCUGGAGGAGGGAGCCUUCCAGUCUGUGAAUACUCUGGAGACGCUGCGUUUAGAUGCCAACCCCCUGGCCUGUGACUGCCGCCUGCUGUGGAUCCUACAACGCAGGAAGACUCUCAAUUUUGACGGCGCUGCCCCAGUGUGUACGUCACCUGUGGAAGUGCAGGGACGGGCACUCAACGCUUUCUCUGACUCUGCUCUCUUUGAUCACUUUACCUGCCAGAAGCCCAAAAUCCGCAACAGGAAGCUGCAACAGAUAACUGCACGCGAGGGGCAGGUGGUGUCGUUCAUUUGUCGAGCAGAAGGCGAGCCGACACCUGUGAUAUUUUGGAUCUCUCCCCAACGCCGCCGCAUCACCACAAAAAGCAGCGGCCGACUGACUGUGCUACCAGAAGGUACUCUAGAAAUCCGGUAUGCACAGGUAACAGAUAGUGGGACUUACAUCUGCAUAGCCAGCAAUGCAGGUGGAAAUGACACGUAUUUCGCCACUCUCACGGUCAGUGGGCUGCCGCUGGAUGCAGCCCUCAUGGCGAACCGCACAUACUAUGCUGGAGACCUUAAUGACACAAACCUAAAUGACACCAGAGUGUUCUUGAAGUUCACUCUGGACCUAAAAACCAUCCUCAUAUCCACAGCGAUGGGUUGUAUCAUGUUCCUGGGGGUGGUGCUCUUCUGUUUCAUCCUGCUGUUUGUGUGGAGUCGGGGAAGGGGGCAGCACAAGAACAAUUUCUCUGUGGAGUAUUCCUUCAGAAAGGUGGAUGGACCUGCUGCCAGUGGAGGACAGGGUGGGGCACGCAAGUUCAACAUGAAAAUGAUCUGAUUAUUGGGAUAUUUGGGUUUUUUCCUCUUGAUGCGUUUGAAAGCAGACUUAAGCAAAAACAAAAGGAAAAAAACAUCAACAACUAUUUAUAGGACAUUUAUUAAGACUAGCUCUUGUUUUUGAAAACUACUGUACACUGUAUGUACGGAGAGAACAAAAUCUGUUUGGAUUUGAUAUGUUUCUAUAACUAUUUUGUGUGUGGUUGUAUUGCUGUGCAGAGGAAAUCUGGGUCGUAGUUAAAGAUGUCUUAAUCGUUGAAAAGACUGUUAAAGGAGGGCCAAGCAACAAAAGCACUCAGAGUCCUAGAAGUCUUUAACCUCGACAAAACUCUUGCCAACUCUGUCCUUCCUCCUACAAGGAACUCUGUCCUCUUCAUGUUAAAAGGACUUCACCCCUGUGCUCCAUCUGAGCUGAUCCACACUCUCUGUUUCCAAACUCAUGAAUACAUUAUACAUGGGUGGUGCUCAGUGAAUGCCAAGGACUUGCCAAUAAGUAUUUGAAUAGUUCCAGCUGUAUACUGCAAAUUUAGACUUCUUUAUAGUCAAGACUUUAAAGUACUCUCAUGACAUAAAUCAAGAGGCUCUGCUUUUUUGCUGAUGCUAGAUUUGUAAAGAAUACAUUAGAUACUAAGAGACUACUCUUGCAACACUGCCAAUUUGAUCGUGAAGCACCAUGUUGUAUCAAUGCAAUGCCAUUCUCACUUCUAAUACUAUGAAGAGAUGGUCAAUUUUUUUAGUGGGACUCUUCAUUAUAAACUACCCAGAACACGUUGUGUGUGAAAAAAAAAAUACUAACUGCAUAUAAAGAUGGAUGACAAGUCCCCACAUCCUCCUGUUCUACACAAGUGAAGCCAAAAUUUAACUCCACGUAGGCAUUGACAUCAAUCAAUGCAAUCAAAGCCAGAGUCUGGUAUUGACAGGUGGAGCCACAGUAUUAACAUCCCGCCCCUUCUGCUAUUAAUACCACACAUUUAACUUACAGGUAAAACAGCAAAGAAGCCUGUUAUGUUGUGCUCACACCAAACUCAAGAAAGAUUAUUUGCACCAGUGAGUUUCAUGGAAAGCUAAUGCAACGACAUGAUUGGAUGCAAGUUCUUGUUAGGAGGCUCAAAUGAUAAAAGUGAGGCAGCGCAAAUGACGCAAACAUGCAACACAUUCAAUGUGUUGCUCCCUUCAAUUGAGGUGACUUGAAUUGUGUGGAUUACACAUGCGAUUGACAUGAAUUACGGAUGCAUUCAAUGUGCAUCUCCCUUUACUCUCAUCAUUUGCUGAUUUGCAAGUGGAGCAUUUUUUAAUUUAAGAUAAUCUUUUGUGCCACAACUGCCAAUCAGCAUGGAGAUUCCUUCAUAUGUCAGCAGCUGGCUCGUGGAGGUUUACUUAUGUGGAAGAUGGAGGAUAAGCUGAUUGUAAAGAUUCACAGCUAACUGAGCUACAAGAUACAACUUGUUUUUAAUGUUAAGACAGGGAUUUAAAAAAAAAGCCUGCCUCUAGGACAGUGAGAGAGGAGGUUGGAUUGUGUGGUCAUUGAUUGUGUGGUGACAAUGUGGUCAGCGUCAACUAUGUUUGAUGUAAACAGACCAACAUGACAUGUAGGAACCCCUCCUCUCAUAAUCCCUCGUGUGUUUGGGCACUCCAGCAGAUGUGAUAAGUACACACAAAUGGAGCGAGUCUUUCACAUGAAUAAAGUGUGAACACACACUCAAACUCAUCGAGUUGAUACUUUCAUUUGUGUUUGGUGUGAACACAACAUUAGGUCGGCACUGCCUAUGUUGCAGCCGCUUGCAUUGGUGUGAAGCAGACAUUAAUGGUGUGGUAAAGUUCAAUGACUGUUGUGUUAGUGUCGUUGUCAUUUUGUUUCUUCUCAUAGUUCCUCAUCUUCUCUGCUAAUCUUACUUACGUAGUGUGUACAUUUAAUAACAAAGCUGUCAGUCAAACCCCCUUUGAAUAGCAUCAUAUGUUUAAUGAAAACUAAACCCGUUAUAGAAGUGAACACUUGGUCAUAAAUUGGCAUUUUAAGAAGAAUUAUGACAAAAACGAAGUUUGCAGAAAGCUUAUUUGGCACGUACAUUUAUUUUAAAGUCUGGCACAUGUUCCAUCUGUUCACAUGGAGGAGGUGGGCCGUAUGAACUAGACUGCAGUCAGUCGGUCAUCCGAAUAGAAAUUCAGAUUCUGUUUUGGCUUCACUUUUGGGAGCUGCUUGGUUGUCUGUCUUCUUAUAAAGUGUAUGUGACAAAAACCAAUGCAUACUUGUAACAGCUGUUUUUUUUUUUUUUCAUAGCUGUCUUUAUGUAACGUGUUCUAACUCUGACCCUUUUGUCUGGAAAAAUGUGGGUACAUAAAAGAUGAACACAUACAAAGCAGACUUUCUUUAAACAAUGUGUAUAAGUUGUAAAUUAAACAUUGAUCGGGGUUUAUUUAUCCCAGAGUUGAAGUGCUCAUAAUGUAAAAAUAGGCUUUAAAUCAUAUAAGAUGCAUUAUACAUUUUGUAAAUAUUGACAAACAAGUCUUUGUGGGUGUGAUUGUACUGUCAUGUGAGUUCUACUGUUGUUCUUCUCUCAAAUUUUCCCUUCCAAGCAGUCCAGUCCAUAGCUUCUUCACUCUCAUCUUAAAAUGCCAUGAAAUAGUUUUCGCUCUGAGACCCGUCUGCCCACUCUCUGACCUCACACACAAAAUCAUGCAGGCGUUAACUACGGUUUUUAGUUCACUUGAAUAUUUUUGGCUGCGAGCGACAGUGGGGAAGUUUGGCUGUCCAGCUGGGGAAAGGAGUUCAAUUGGUUCUGAGCGGGACCUUGAUGUGCUUUAGACACUCAUGGAGGAAAUGCUAAUGUGAUAAAGACCUUGCAGACUGGGACAAAGGUCAGAUAACAGUGAGUCAGAAAAAAAGAUGGAGGAAGAAAUCCAUAAAAUGUAGUAUUAGCCUCAUAAGAUAGCUGUUUGAUAUCCAGUGCGUAUUCUGAUAGGCAGAUCAUUCAUGCAAUAAUAAAGUCUAAGAUAAAAUAUAUAUCAUGUCCUGAAAUUGUGAGAGGUGUUUCUGUAAUCAGUUCAAGUACAAGCAGAACUGUGUUUCUUAAAUCUACAAAACAACUUUUGAAUUGGCAGUUAGAGCAAUUAAAAGCAUCACAAAACAAACUUGACAGUUCUGGGCCAUGAGCAGAAUCUGAAGACCAGAAACCCAUUCCCCCAAAACUUCAAACUUCACUUGGAGUAGGACUGAAAAGAAAGAUAUUUCUAUAGCUUACUCAUCUUUUGCUUGGUUGCUGAAUUUGUGGGAUUAAAUAUAGUUUGAGAUAAUAGUAAUAAUAACACCUGCUCAGAAUCAUCUCUCGCAAGGGUUCAUCUUGAACCACUGCAUCUCUAAUAGUGAUACCCUUCUGCCCUCUGUUGGCUGCGGUUGGUACUGCAACUCAAUUGUUCACUGGGGAUUUGACCUUCCCAGCCCUUUCACUUUAUUAUAUACGAUUUAUUCCAUUCUCAGAAAUGAAAUUGUGUUGAUUUAACAGGAGUGGGUCCCAUGUUACCUCAUUUGAUCUUCAUAAUCAUUCACAUAUAUAUACUGCACAUCAAUUUUCACAUUCAUUUGAAUAGAUUAUGACCUACAAAUAUGUACCCUGACUAACCCAACAUCAGUGAAGCUUCCUUUCUGCAUUUCAGGAAACUAAACAAACAAUUCAUUGUGAUCUCAUCAAACUUUGCUGAAUCCAUUUUGUAAAUAUGGAAGCCGUUCUGUCUAGAAAUUGUGCAGGACUGUUUUGUAUUGUGUUGUUUUAUAACAAAUGAAGCACACUGUUUAUAAAGCAUGCUGUAUUAUCUUCUAUGAUGAUGAUGUCUUGUCUCCUGUCCCAUUUUUAUAGCAGUUAUUUGGUCACUGGAGCUUAAGGGUGACACUCUGAGGAGUUGAUUGAGUUGACAAUAAACCUGUGACCCUGUCACUGUGAAA